CUGUAACCAGGGUGCAUGUCCAGGUCUCUGUUACACUGCUGCCUGGAUAUGAGUCCCAUGGUAUUUGCCUGUAAUUCUAUAAUCUGAAUACCUCUUCUCUUGCGAUAGAUCUUUGAAGUUGGCAUUUGAAGAAUGGAGGUGAAGUUUGGCUUGUCCCAUUACUACAGACAAAGAGAAGGGGCUUCGGGGCUGUCUCGCACUCUGCAAUCAUCCGAGGUAUGGACUCCCCAACAAUUACCACAGCGUGUAACAGUGUCUCCAAAUCGGUAAGAAAAGGGAAUGAAAUUAUUUAUUUAUAAAAUAUUUUACCAGGAUGGAUACAUUGAGAUUUCUCUCGUUUUCAAGUAUGUCCUGGGUUCAAAUAUUGCAUUGUUACAAUAGGGUACAAUAAAAUACAAAAACAAUAUUAAUACACAAUAAAUACAAAAUUUAACAUAGAACAGGUAAGAAACAUAUAAUCAACCAUGACAGGUGCAUUCUGUUUUGAGAUAUGUAGAGGGUUGUCAUGUUGUGGAUAUCUUUCUAUUCUGCAUAAAAGACUCCUGUAAAACUGCAAGUCAGGUGUACUUUUCUAUAUAUUUAUAUAAAUGUUAUAAAGCAAUAGUACCCAGUCAGAGCCUGGUGUAUAUACCAAACACUCUUACUUACAUUCAUGCAUCCCUAACACUGCAUGCUUGUAACCACUGCUUACAUAAGCUCCACAACAAUUAGCUUAAUUAACCCUUUUUGGUGCAGUCUUACUGUUGCAUUCUCUGAAUGUUUGUAUGUGUAAUUCAAUGUUUACUGUGUAAUUGUCCAUUCUCUGCCUUUUAUGAGUUGUCACUUUGUUUAUGUAGCCCCAGCCACAUUUCUCCUGGCUGUGACACACACAGCCUAACUACACACUUCGUGAAGUCUACAUUUUUUUAGCUUCCCUUCUGAGUUUGUUAAAUUUAGAGUUUCUUAUCUAAUGCUCUAUUAUUUGCCUGCUAGAGCCUGCAGUAGUCUCCUGUGUGUGAUUAAAGUUUAAUGAAACCUUUUAAAUGCAGUGCAGGCUGUGGCAGCACGGGUUUUGUCCCUGAGGGACCUGCAAUCCCUUUUUGGCCUCCUCAACUUUUCCUGCAGGGUUAUCCCCAUGGGUCGGGUUUUCAAUAGGCGGCUGGAGAUGGGCCUUCAUGGCAGUCCUAAGGGCAAAGCUAAGAUCUCAUUGUCUAAGGCCAUGUUGGAGGAUCUUCGUGUCAGGGGGUGUUUUUUGCAGGACUUCAACGGAGUACGUUUUUAGCAGUCGAGUCCUUCUUCCAACCAAUCUCUCCAUUUGUUUACGGACGCUUCAGGUUCUUGUGGUUAAGGGUGCUUAUUUUCAGGGGGUCUUGGAGUGCUGUCCCCUGACCGCCUUCGUGGCAUGCUGGGAGCUUUACGAGAAACCUAACUCUGCUAGAACUUUUCCCCAUACUGGUGGCAGUGGAGUUGCGGUGCUCGCAGUUCUGUGACCAGUCUGUUGUUUUUUGGACUGACAACCAGUCGGUGGUUUACGCCAUUAUUCGGUUGUCGGCCUCUUCUCUCCUGGUGGUUAGGUUGCUCCUUUUGCUAGUUCUCUGUUGCCUUCAAAAGAACAUUCGCUUUGCAGCAUGGCAUGUUCCAGGGGUCAAUAAUACGCUGGCGGAUGCUUUGUCAUGUCUUUAGUGGGAUCUUUUUAGAUCCUUUGCUUCAUCGGCGGUAGUACAGGACACUUAUUGUCCUCCUCUUCUCUAGCAGAUGAUGGACAAUGGAAGCUCCUUUUCCACUUGGUGAGGGCUUCACUGGCCCCUAAAACUUAGAGGUUGUAAAUCCGCUGCUGGGGCGAAUGGGUCAGUUUCUCUAUGAGUAUUGGGGUUCAUGAUGUGGUGGCUUCCCAGGGGGUGGUUUUCCGUUGGCUGUCUACAUUAGGUUCCCGUGGCCUUUCCAGAGCUAUGGUGAGGACAAGGCUCAGGGCCCUUUCCUUCUUUUUGAGACUUGCAGGUAAGCCAGAUCCAUCCAGGUUUUUCAUGGUUAGGCAGGUUCUCAAAGGUUGGAGUAGGUCAGAAUUUCGUACGCCGGACACUCGGGAACCCAUAACCCCUGCUCGUCUAAGAUCGCUCCUGCUUGCUUUACCGUUAGUUUGUUCUUCUGCGUUUAAGGUCUCUCUUUUUCGGGCAGCGUUUGCCCUGGCUUUUCAUGAUGUGCUGUUAGCUCCGUCAUCCAAGGCGGGCCACGAGAUCCAAGCUGCGCAUGUCUCCCUUUCCCAUCAGGCAGUUUUGCUUUUCAUUCGCCGUUCUAAGUCCAACCAAGAAGGAUGAGGUACAUGUGUCAAUGCCUGCCUCGCAAGAUAGUGCUCUUUGCCCAGUGCAAUUGGUUAGUUCCUUCGCUCGCGUGCAUCCCCUGACCUGUGCCCAGUUUCUAGUCCACGCGGACGGUUCAGCAUUGUCGCAUUUUUAAUUUGCUAGCAUUUUGAGCUAAUCAGUGCGCCAGGUUGAGUUGUCCGCCUGCCAUAUUACUUCCCAUUCUUUCAGGAUUGGCACAGCAACUUGUGCAGCUGCGCUGGGCCACCUCCCUGACGUGCUUCAUCAUUUAGGGCUGUGGAGGUCGCAGAGAUACAAGUUAUAUGUUAGGCCACUAUCUGCUGCGUAAGUUGAAGUGUUGUUUGUUUUGUGUCCAUUUAUUCACUCUGCUUUCCUAUUAGGAGCUGCUCCCCCUACACGUGUUUGGCUAGUGGGUCACUCCUUCAUCCACUGGGCUUCAUUGCACGCACUCUCCUCAUUGCUGGGCCAGGCUCUGGGGUUCCCACUCUCUCGGGUGUGUGUCCUUUGCUGGCCUCGAUGGGGGAGUCCGCACAUCCUGGUUCUCCAUCUUGGGAGAAAUUAUUUGGUGUCUGUUCCAGUGCUAGACCUGGCUCGGGUUGUCCACUUGGAUCUCCGCUGGCCUUCUACUUGCUUACUUAGCAUGAGCAUCGUGUGGUCCAAUGUGUUGCCCAGGAUUCAAUGGAACAGGUUUUCUUCUCCGGCCGCCGCUUACAGGGCUCGGAAGAAACUUAAAAGGCUGGUAGGUCAGGCUGUUGCUGAGCUGCACGGGUUCAUUAGGCAUCCAGGCAUUUCUGCCAACCGAGUGCAGCUUUUUAGGCCUGAUAGGGCCCACCUCAGUGCUGCUGGUCUGGACCUUUUUCUGGCUGACUUGCAUGAGGUUAUGGUGACCAGGUCUAACCCAUGCUUAUAAAAAAAAUAAAAAAAUAAAAGGUAUUAUAAGGGCUGUUGGUUGGCGGCAAGAGAUUGUAUCUCUUGUGGCGUGAGGGUGCGGCUUUAGGGCGUGGUGCAGAGAGAGAGGUCGGCAGUGAUGGCAGCAAAGGGGCCGGGCUUAACCCCCCAUGGGCAGUGGCCCGGCUGGGGUGCCUGCCUGCAGUAGGCCUUCAAGAUGGCCGUGCUGAAGAUUCUCCCUUGCUGUCCUUAUGCCUCUGCUUGGGCCGGCCUUAACCCCCCUUGGGCAGUGGCCCGGCUGGGGCGCCUGCCUGCAGUAUGCCUUCAAGGUGGCCAUGCCGAAGAUUCUCCCUUGCUGUCCUUAUGCCUCUGCUUGGGCCGAUGCUACGGGUGCUCCGCUGCAGGAUUAGGUUGGGCCGCAUCCUCAUGUGGGCUGAGGAGUCUAGCCCUCAGCGCCUCCACCCUAUUUAAAGUUUUGCCGCCAUGAUGCCAGUGACAUAUUCAAUAAAUGCAGCCAGCGAAGGCUUUACCUCCCAACAUGGUGUCUGUGUUGUUUAUUUCAAGGGGAAUGUUGGGUUGGGGAGGGUGUUAUAAGGUUAGUUAUUUGGCUAAAACGAAGGGACAUAGGAGAUUACCCAUUAUGUAGUAGGCAGCAGAGCUGGUGCAUUUGAAAAGCACCUACCUGCUCCAGUCCCUGGCUGGGCUACAAAAUGUAAGUAAAAUGAUCCCCUCCGGUGAUAUCAUUAACUAUCACAUUGGCAAGAUCUACUAAAUUGUGCGCGCAAGACAGUACAGCAUGCGCACAAUUUAAAAUGAUAAAAAUUCCCCUGUCACCACUCGGUUGUAAGAUCUGAUUGCAUGAGAUCUGAUUGAAAAUUAAACCACAAAAUUAUAACUUCAAACUUUAACAUAGGGGUUGACCCAUCAUCUCCGUGACCCAGUCUCAAGAAAACCCAGAGAGUAAAAUGUAUAGCAGGGACAUGUAUCACAGACAUAUUGCAUCCCAAGAUAGUGCACAAAGUCAUACUAACUGCUGUAAGAUAAAAAGCAAACCCUGGAACUGCAAUGAAAAAAAGUAAUAUUUAAUCUUUACCAUACUUAUCACAUCCAUACAAGUAUAUGCUUAGAGACAGACAAAGGAUCCCUCAACCACCAAUGUCUAUUGCCAACUGUUAAACAUGGUGGGAGAUCUGAAAAAUUUGAAGAGUAAGUGGGUACCAAAGUAGAAAAUCUCCUGAAUGGGGGUUAACCCCUAGUGCAAGAACAUUUGCACCAACAACUAAACAACAAGAAGGGACAGAAGACAGGAGAAACAGAAUUAUGGUAAAGUGCCCUGAAGAGUGUAGGUCCUGGCGGCACAAUAUUACAGUCACGAGUACAAAGUAGUAUAUAACACCCUGUUAUCAGAGUAUUAUUUUGUCAAUCAAAAAAGUAAACUCAGGAAUUUCUCCACUAUUGUUGUCUUAAAACCCACACUAUCUCUGUGAUAUAUAUUCCUGCAUAGCGAUAUUAAUUAUCCAUUCUGGUUCUCUCUCCCACACAACAAUAUAUGGUCUGAGACACCAACAGGUAUACAGUUUACUUUUUAUUGACAAAAUAAUACUCUGAUAACACAGUGUUAUAUACUACCUUGUACUCGUGACUGUAAUAUUGUGCCGCCAGGAAAAUUAUUGUACUGCUUCACCUUGCAGCGGGUUCACUUAUCGGAUUGAAAUAAUCCCUGCAAUUACACUAUCUCCGUACUAACGGAGACGAGCCAGGACAAGUUAUAAUAAUUAACGGUCUGACCUUAAGGACGCGAUAAUUACUGCAGCCGAUUACUACAGUUGAGUGGCAGCAAUCCGAUAUUUGUACACCAGUGCUCUGAGCUGCUACUGUAUCUAGUAGGGCAGCCCUUGAUACAUUGCUCAUAAUCUGUUGCAACUUUACAGUUGUUAUCAAAAAAAGGGCUGUAUGCACAGACACACAUACUUUUGCAUGUAUAAACUAUUAGUGUUCGUAGUGUGUGCUCUUGUGGUUUUACUUUUUUAGUAUUAAAAGUUACAUUUUAUAUUUAAAGUGGUACACACUAUUUGUACCACUCACUGUCCCCCUCCCUCUUAAGGAACCUACACUCUUCAGGACACUACCAUAAUUCCUUUUCUCCUGUCUUCUAUCCCUUCUUGUUGUUUAGUGGUGGGAGAUCUGUAAUGAUAAGAGCAACCAUCUAAUGGGCUACAUUGGGCCCAGUAAAUAGUCUAUAAGGUUGGAUAACAGCCAAAAAGUGUGUGGCUAGCUUAAAGAACCAAAUGCAUUAGAUGAAAGCAUUAUGACACUUUGGUUUCAUGAAUACGAGGAAUGUGUCAGAUGUAUUUUUUCUUACAUCUUUUUAAGUCUUCUUAUUUGCUCUACAAAUGAUGCUCGUGCCCAGUGCUGGGCUGGUAAAUGGAGAUCACUUAAUCCAAUAGGAUAAUCAGUCAAAAACAUUGGGGAAUGGAGGUAAGCAAAAUAAUCAGAUGAAAUGAACACUCCUCAUAAAAACAGAACAUGUGUGGGUGUCAUGUGGGUGCUGUCAUCUAAGUGCUAGGUGAGAUGCCUAUUGCAUGGGGUCUACUGUUUGAUGAUUGCACCAUACUUGAAUACACAACUUCUGAAAUAAAAUGGAAUCAUGACGGAAUAUUUCCGUCAUGUGUCCUUAAGGGGUUAAACCUUUCGGUGUGUUUAUUUACAUGUUCUAAACGUUCUUCUGACCGGAUUUAAUUUGUGAAGCUGAAGGACACCUAACAAUCAUGGACUUAGAGGUUCCAGUAAUGUAGCAGUCUCGUAGGUCAGUGUGUACAUUUGCUAUCUUCAUUACUAUAGAUACCUUAUCAGUGUUUGAUAACUUUAAAGGUAAAAUUAUGGACCAGAAUAUGGGUUAGUAUUUAAUAAGCGACUGUUACUUCCUGAGAAGUGAAAGUUUGUUGUUCUUUCACCACGGUAACCGCUAGUGUAGCAUUUACUGGGGUGAGUAAAGCAAUAAAUGUAAGUCAAAUCAUACUUCCCUCAACUGUAGAUCCCUGGUGCGUUAGACAUACUAAUGUGCACUUACAUGACAUCUAUGGAGUAAUUUUUUACAUCCUCAUGCAUAUCCAUUCCACACUAAAGAGAUUAAUCAAUUUGCUUGAUUUGUCUAGUGUGCCUGGCAAAGAAUGUAAAUUAAAAUAAAGAAUUUAAAAAAAAAAAUACCACCAUUAAUAGUUAACUUUUAUAGAGAUCAUUGGUUUGCUAAAAUUUUAGAUAUGACAUUUUCUCUUUAAGGGAAAAUAUAAAGUGUUUCAGGAGUUUAUUGUUUAAUGGAGGACUUGCAUAGAGAUGUUAAACUGUGCUUUGUUUCAUUGGUUUUAUUAUACUUUAAUUAUGGCUAAGAGAUAGUUUUUCAAUUUAGUUCAGCAUUGAGCGAUGUCCUUGUUAAUAAUUAACAGGUAAGCCAGUAAGGGUCACUUUACUUGGUUGUUACACUUUAAUGAUUAGAUAUGCGUUAGAUAUGUAUAAUAGCUAACUCACGCAGCAAACUCUAAUGCUUAAUUUCUAUAAUAUUGAGAAUUUAACAAAUGUAAGACCUGCAUUUUUUCCAAAUUAAUCAUCCUUUUGCGUUUUUGUUUUUUUUAAUUUGGGAAUAUGGAUCAUUAGAUAUGAUUUAGAAAGAUAAAAGUAGCCAUUCCAGGUAAUAUUAUCCUUUCUUAUACUUUAAAUACCUCCACUUCUAACUGGCCAUGUUCUUGCUAGUUCUUGCUCAGUUUUAUAAUAUCUUGGAAUGCUGAGAGUUUGAAUGGGUGGUGUGUUUGCGAGUUUGUUACAUCAUUAAAAUUCUAGAAUCACCAUAUGCAUUCUUCUUUCUAAUAGUAUACACCAUGUUUCCUGUAUUGUACGUAAUUAUCCUGUUCUCAUUAUACAUCCUCCGGAUCCUUGAUUAAAGGGAAAUAAAGGAAAUGCAUAUAUUUAUUUUGCAUGGAUAAAAGAAUCAGAAUGAAAUUAUAAUUUAUUUUAAUUUAUUAGAGGAUGGAAUAAAACAUAUCAAAUAAACAUGCCAUAGUUUCAACGAGUAUAUUAACAAGGGACAGUUGGGCACACCCGUUGAAACAGUCGUCACCAUUAGACUAGGAAAAUUAAUGCAAGUAAGCGUGCUCACUCCAAAAUAAUAAUCAUAAUAAUCAUAUAAUACUACAAGGAGGAGCACAACCAAGUAAAAUUCAAGAAAGCUUUAUUACACACACCAAAAAAAAAACAAAAAAACACACACCACACAUGUAUAACAGAUAUCAACGUAGAUAUCAAAGAAUUAGAAAUGCAGAAACAUCUCUGUCAAAUAUGCAAAUAAUGACUGCAAAUAAAGCCAAAAUAGGAAAAAAUGUUUGUAAUCAAAAUGAUCCAAUAGAAGUGUUGUAGCCACUUAUCCAGAAAAACAGUAUUAUGAUACCUGUAUAUACUGAUAAACAAAAACAUACAUACCAAAGAAAACAGGAAAUAUGCGAAGAGGGUACAGACAUCCAAAUAAAAAUAAAAAAUAGCCCCCAACGUUUCGGUGAAUCCGCCUUUAUCAAGGGAGCAUGUGGUACAGAGGACCUAAUAACCUUUAUAUACCAACAUAUAUUAACAAAAUGAAAUACACCUGAGUGAAAUGGGUGGCCACCCAUGAAUAAUUGGGACUCCCACAAUCAUAGUCACAUGACUAUGGUUGAUAAGGUAACCAAUAUACAAACAAAACAUAUCACUUUAUCAGACACAUGAAAAAUACAUAUUGGAUCCAAAGAGAGAAUAAAAAAAUUAAACUUAUAAUAAUACAACAUAUAUGGAUAGAAUACCAUAUGAUCCUCACAUUGUAUGUGUGACAGAUCCAUCUGUAUAGACUGGGAUUGCUGGUUCAUCUGUUUUGCCUUUUCGUGGAAUUACCCGUUCGUAUGCCCCUGUUCAGUGAAUUGACUUUUCCGUCAAACAAAACUACCGAACGGAUGGCCACCCAGAAGAGAAGUGUGCUGCUGGUUAAUUUCUUGAUCCCAAUUAGAACGUUGUGGUUAACCACAGACACUUCUCAAUUAAAACCGAAUACAGGGUGGUUGUCGUUCGUAUGUCGACCACGAGGCGGCGGCCAUUUUAAACCAUGCGAAAGACCAGCGGUGUUCGGCAUUGAUUUCAUGGAACUGAAAACUGACACUUUUUCUGCCAAACACCGCUGAAGCCGCUGACCUCCCUUCUCAAUCGACAGAAGGAUACGAACACCGGCCGUUCGGGAGUUUUAAACGCACGAAUAGACUUACCCCAGAUAGCCUUCCCAUGGAGUCAAUCGCAUACCGAAAGACUGUAAUAGACUUUGACUCCAUGGCGAUUGAACUAUACGUAUGGGAUCUGAGCGCUAUUUGCCAAUAAUAUGCACUCAGAUCCAGACUAUCUGGGGAUAUGUGAUACGAAUGGGUAACAUUCGACAAAUGUAAAGUUAUAUAUUUUUAUAUGUUUUUCUGUGUUGAAUUUAAAAUGGCGAUUUGCCUCUGUCCUGGAGGUAAUUGAAUUACUCCUCAAUUAUCUCCAGGGCAGAGGGGAGGAAAUACUAAUGCAUGCUGGGAAUAUUCUGUGCCUGUGGGUCCUAACCUGCCAUAUGUCUGUCUACUGUUACAGUCUCCCAUUUGGUCCCCUAGGGGAGUGUCCACCAAGUAGGAGACCUGCAUAAAUAUGGGCAGGUAGCCCACAGUAAAGCCAGUUCAUGUUUUACCCUCAAUGCAGAGCUUGGUCUCGUUAUUGGGGGGAUUUAUUACCGACGAAUAGAGACUGCCGAAUGAGAUUAUUAGCCGCUUGGGAGAUAUUUGCGUUCGGCUACUAUUGGCGAUUCGUGAGUUUGGAGCUCGUGAAGUGAAGUGCCGUACGGAUCCCGUUCGUGAGUUUACAGCAUUCCCCUGCUUGCGGUUCACAUGAUUGUACUUGAUACGCAUGCAGCCUGUGUUAUUGCGAGAGGGGAGGAUUCACUAAAUGGCGGUUUGUGCAUUUGAUGCUGAGGGUACCGUAACAGUAUGUAUAGUCAAAAUGUGCUGAUGACAAAUCUAUAUCAUAAGUGUCCUACCUACAUAUAGAACAACUAUCUCAUACCUCCAUAUCAGUGAUGCCUCUUGGUAAAUAGAGGAACCAACGAUCAAUAUUCAGAGUUAGGGUACAUCAGCAGUAGUACCUUGGUUCCCAAAGGCAGUCUAAUGGAACGCAAGUGUGUUACAUCAUAGGAGAGAAAGAAAGAAGUUAGAACGCACAUGCGUUCCACCAUAAUGAGGAACUCCGGACCACAGGCUGCAUCCGCCGGCAUGAAGGCGGAAGUGUCUAAUCACGCAUGUGCACAGUUUUUUUGGGGGGGAGGUUUGUUUAAUAAAGCUUUCUUGCAUUUUACUUGGUUGUGCUCCUCCGAAUGGUUCGUAUUUGCCAUCACAUUCUAUGUUUCUACCUCAAGUGUUUGGGAAGAUUAAUGCUCAGGUAUACUAUGUAAUUUUGUCUCCAGCCAAAGGGAACAAACUGCACCAGGGAUGCCUAUGGUGAGAAUUUAGAUUUUUUUACCUCAAAACUGGUAAACUUGGGGACACUGUUGCAUGAGCUAGUCUUAUGCCUCAUUCCCACUGAGCGGUAUGGUUCGGGUCGGUACGGUUCGGAAGGGUUAGAAUGGCCCAGCCUAUUCAGGUGAGCAUUUCCCUGCAAGUCGGACCACCAGGGGGCAUGCGGGGUUAAGAGCAAAUGCCUAGCGUGUCAUUUUUUGCAAGCAUUGAUGUUUUCCUGUCUGCCAAUGAAAGGAUUGUAUAGUGUGACGCCAGUAGCUCCGCCCUAACAGUACCAUACCAUUUCUUAUGGACCUACAUCUGAAGGGGGCCCAAGAAUGGUGCGGUUUGGUUCGGUUGUAUGGGCCACAUUUAUAAUGGAAACACUUAAAAUAGCGUACAAGACCGUACCGACCCGAACUGUGGAAACAGGACAUUAGAAACCCUAGUAACUUGAACAUGCAUUGCUAUGUUUCUCCCUUAAUAUAUCUUUCAAAAUAGGUGUGUUUGCCGACUACACCAUGAUAUCCCGAAUCAAACCUCUUACUUCUCUCCCAGUCUUUCAAAACACAAUAUCAGGAUUUUCUGCAAUAUCUUGUCAUAAGGUAACUGUAUCAAAAUCUCUAAUUCUCCCAUAUGCAUCCCAGGUGCAGUUGGCUCCCUAUGACUAGAGACAGAAUUACAUAGUAUACCUGGGCAUAAACCUUCCCAAAAAUGUUGGGUCUGUAUAAAUAAUGGUUACAUUUAGAUGGAUUAUAUUUGCUGCUCAUUAGGGGUUUCCUAAUCAGCCUUCAAGUACAACUAAUGGUUCAGAAUGUAGUAACUUUGCAGUUCUGCUCUCAUGGAGAUAUUUAUAAAACUAUUAGAAACACCCUUAGUAAAGUACUGAUUUUUGAAAAUUGUGGUCAUUGGGAUAAUGGUUCUCUCCAUAGGGCUAGCCUUAGGCUUUUGUGGCCAGUGCAGUUACCCAGGGAACAGACAUCAAAGCUCAAUUUUCACCUUCCUCCUCAUUAAUAUGUCAUGAUCACAGUUGAAAGGAGGAGGAGAAAUCUUGGUCUGCCAUGUACUGAUGAUAUAUAAGUCAUGCUUGCAUUCCUAUAAGCUCUGGGGUCUCCAGUGGAAGCAGAUAAAUGUAUAUGAGAUACUAGUACCCUGAUACAUGUACCUACAAAGUAUUACCUGGAAUGAUUACUUCGAAAUACUGAGUAUUAUAUUUGUUGUUUAAUGUGUUGUUUUUCUUCUUUAUGUGUGUUUUCAGUCAUGUUCAACAAACAUUAUACAGGUAAAACAUUGUUAAUGCUUGAGCUUGGGCUGGAAAUAUUUAACAUUAAAAAAAUAAACUCCUUUUUUGAACAAGAAAAACAGAGAGAGUAGUUUUGCAGAAAGGUCCCAAACACAUAAUAUCCUACUGACUCAUUAUAAUCAGACAUUUAGUGUAUUGCAGUCUGAUAUUGCUCUGAGUUUCUCAAGUGCAAGAGCUAUGGUGAUUUGCACAUGAUGUUUAUAUGGCCACCCAUUGAUUGAUUGCUGCAUAGCUGACAGAUACCUAUUGUGGAUUAGGGGUAUGUACCAUGUUGAGUGACUGAGAUGUAUAGCAGCGCCAGUGCCCAGUUAGUGGCAAGGUUUGACCUUUGUUAAUAUGUCUGUUCAGACCCCUCUGGUAUUCCUAUCUAAUUCAAAUACUCUGACCAUUCAGUCUUCUACCGUCCCCACUUAGUAGGUAAAGGGAAGAGGAAGUAGGUCAAGAGAAGAAGAAGAAGAAAGAAGAAGAGAAGAAGAAGGAGAGAAGAAGAAAAGAAAAAAAGGGGGCUUCCCAGCCCUAAUGGACAGCCGCCAGGCCCAAACCUGUCCCUUUCCUCCGUUGCUUCCGCUCCUCCAAUCUCACGGCCAUACCCGCCCUUACUCCAUGACCUGUGUUGAACCACUAACCAGCUGACCUGCCUCCUUCAAACAAAGCACCAUGUAGUUCCUCCAAGGUGCCCAUGUUUGUUCGCAAUACUCUCUGUGCCCCUUGCCGUCAGUGACUCCAUAUCGUAUAAUUCUUCGACCCUUGCCAACCACUACCGAAUGGUGGGCACUUCCAGGCUACACCAUUGCGUGAGGAUCAGGAAAUUUGCUAAAAUCAGCAAGUGUUUUGUUGGGGACUUUUUGUAUUGUACAGUUGGUAAGUUUGUAUGUUGCAGAAGCAUCAGCAUGUGUUACAAUGGAAUAUCCAUGUUGUGUAUCUCAUGAAUUGUGAAGUGUAUCUGAUUCCAGUAGGAGGAGAUCUUCUGCAUGUCCACCAAGUGUGUAGAAGUGUUCCCACUCCAAUCUCACAUCUCCAAUAUGUGUCUGGAGUGUCCACAUUCAUGUUGUGCAUCACUGCUGGUGUUCUAUUCCAACAUAAAAUUAUUUUAUAGUUCAGCACUUGCAUCUUAGAGCUCAUAGAUUUGCUUUUUAAUUUAAUAUCUAUAGCACCACUAGUUGAUCAGCCUCCUGUUCUGCGUUUGUCUUGGAAACCUUAUGGAUGCUGAAUUGACCCGUAUACUUUUUCUAUAUCCUCCUCAUUCAACUAAACUUCACACCCACCUUCCUGUUUAAGACUUAGUAGGGUAGGUUGACUUGAAAUAUCUAUUAAAGACUUUAAAUAAAACAUAGAUUUAAUAUUAUAUAGAGUGAAGAGGGGAAAGGGCCAGUGUAUCACUGAAUAAGUGACUAGGUGCUUGGGAUCACCUAAACACACAUAGGUGUAGGGCCUAUGUUAUCCUGGUAUCUUCUGGCUCUCUUUGGGACGCUGAAGUCAUCUUCUGCCAUUGGCACAUAGCCAAACAUCCCCUGUUCCUUGAAUGUGUUGGCUAAGGCCUUAGGGCCCACUUUAUAUCCCUAAGCCUCUGCCUCAGAGUAUAUAGGGUGGAAUAAUAAUUACCAAGUCUCCUGUGGUUACUCUAGAUAUCCCACUGCUCUCCAUGGUAGAGUGGGGUUAACGGCAGUGGUAAAUAAGUAAUGAUAAUACACUGUCAACAUGUUGCAAAAAUUUAUAAAUUUUUGGCCCAAACGAAGGUUUACAACAUAUAUUUGAUAACAGUUGCAUGCUAUGUACAUUGUUAUGUUUUUUCACACAGGAAUAUUUUUGUAAUUCUAAAGCACAAACAGAGAGUUAAAUCUUGCCGUAACAAAUAAUGGCCAGAAUACAAUGGCCUUCUGUACCUUUUUACCAUAAUUUAGUUGUUCAGAUAAACAAAACUAAACAGAAUAUAGUGGUUGAAUAACCAUACAAUUUACAUGUUGUGUAAGUUUCAAAGAUAUGUACAAAUUACUGUACCAAUCGGUCAAGCUUUAUUUUUUUUUUGUUUUAGGUUUUUCUAAACAUUUAUUUCUAUGUGUAUGUAUUUUUUUGACUUUGUGUUAUAUUUGCUCUUGUUAAAACAUAUUCAAUGGCUUCUGUUUAAAAAAAUUAAAGGGACACUAUAGUUACCUAAACAACUUUAGCUUAAUGAAGCUGUUUUGGUGUAUAGAUUAUAGCCCUGUGGUCACACUGCUCAAUUCUCUGCCAUUUAGGAGUUAAAUCAUUUUGUUUAUGCAGCCCCAGUCACACCUCCCUGCAUGUGACUUACACAGCCUUCCUAAACAGGUCCUGUAAAGAGUCAUCUAACAGGAAGUAAGAAUUUAUUACAAAUUUUGUUUAAUUUAGAAUUUCUUAUCUCCUGCUGUGCUAAUAGCUUGCUAGACUCUGCAGGAGCCUCCUGUAUAUAAUUAAAGCUCAAUUUACAGAGCAGGAGAUACAAACUUUUAAAAUAAGUUAUAUCUGAUGGAAAAUGAAUCUAUUUUGUUUUCAUGCAGGCUGUGUCAGUCACAGCCAGGGGAGGUAGGGCUAAGGCUGCAUAAACAGAAACAAAAGUGAUUUAACUCAUACAUGGCAGUGAAUUGAGCAGUGAACCUUGAGAGGCAUGAUCUAUACCAGGGGUAGGAAUCCUUCGGCACUCCAGAUGUUGUGGACUACAUCUCCCACAAUGCUCUUACAGCUAUAAUGCUGGCAGAGCAUCAUGGGAGGUGUAGUCCAAAACAUCUGCAGUGCCGAAGGUUGCCUAUCCCUGAUCUAUACACACAAACUGCUUCAUUAAGCUAAAGCUGUUUUGGUGACUAUAGUGUGCUUGAAAUAUGAUAUCAUCCUUCAUGUGUCUAUGAAUGGCUAGGAUGUACAGAUAAACUGACUAACUCCUUCAACAUGAUUUAAAAAAAAAUAUAUAUAUAUAUAUAUAUAUAUUAUUUAUUUAUUUAUUUACGUAUUCCUUUAUAUAGGCCAACAACUCUCCCCAUUAUUUUUUUUGGCAAUUUAAAUUCUCUACAAAAAAAUCACACAGUUUCAGCUAUAACCUUGGUUUUUACUACACUCUAAAUUCCCAAUAUAUAAUGGUUCUAGGCAGGGAUGCCCCUUAUCUCCAUUGCUGUAUGAUCCCGCCUUAGAUCCAGCCUUAGAAACCCUAGUAACCUUGACAUACAUGGUUACGUUUCUCAUUUAAUGUAUCUUUCAAACUAGGCGUGUUCACUGUCUGCAUCAUGAUAUCGCAAACCAAAACUCUUUUUUGUCUCACAAUCCUUCAAAACACAUUAUAAGGAUUUGGUGCAAUAUCUUGUUCAAAUUCUCUCCAUAUGAUGCAUCCCAGGCGCAGUUGGUUUCCUAAGACUAGAGAUAAAAUGACAUAGCAUACGCUUCACAAAAACUUUGGCCUCGAUAGUCCCUCUAAAAUUUAGAGUCUAAAUAUUGAAGCUUAAGCAUUAAAGGACCACUAUAGUGCCAGGAAAACACACUCGUUUUCCUGGCACUAUAGUGCCCUGAGGGUGCCCCCACCCUCAGGGUCCCCCUCCCCGCCGGGAUCUGGGGAGAGGAAGGAGUCAAACACUUACCUUUCUCCAACGCCGGGCGGGGAGCUUUCCUCCUCUCCUUCUUCCUAGCGACGUCAUAGGCUGAAUGCACAUGCGCGACAGGAGCCGCGCACGCACGCAUUCAGCCAGUCUCAUAGGAAAGCAUUCAUAAUUUCUCUGAAACUGCUAUGUUUACUUAAAAAAGAGUUAAUCCUAUCUGGACCUGGCACCCAGACCACUUCAUUAAGCUGAAGUGGUCUGGAUGCCUAUAGUGGUCCUUUAAGGAUUAUAUAUUUAAAGGGAUAAACCUGGGCAGAAUCACAACAAUCUAAAUGGCCUAGCACCAAAAAGAGCAAAACUAUUCAGUUACAUAUGGACUGAAAAAUCCAGACAUUGUUUAUGCAAUACCAUGAACAUGCCUGAAUUUGGUCCAGAUUUUAGUCAGACCAAAAGCCACCAGAUGGCUGAAAUCGGGACCACUGCAAAUCUGGGCCUGGAGGCUUCAAAUCCAGGCCUGUAUUAAAAAAUAUAUUUUUUUUAACUAUAGUUUAAAAAAACCUUGGCUGCACAAGGGUUAAUUACGUGGCAGCUGGCCAGCACUUGCUACCCUGCCACCACAUUAAAAAAAUAAAUAAAUAACAGGCCAAAGGGGGUCAAUAAGACCCAUAUUACUAUUACAGAGGUUUUAAACCUCCAUAUGCUCCAACAUGCCACAUGGGCAUAUCUGCUAAACAUUUAAAAAUAGCAUCUGAGCAGCUAUGGUCGUGCCCCUGAUUGGCAUAGGUUGGAGGACUUUAAUAUACAUUAUGAGUAGUCUAGAAAUUCUGUUCCACCCUCUUACCAAAUCCGUGGACUUUGACAGAAUAAAUGGGUGCCUAUGUCAAACCCACCCUUGGUCAGUUGGGUAGACAUCUGAAAAAACAUGAGUUAAGAAGCAACCCAAAGAACACACAGAUUGUAAAAUAACAAAGUGUAUUGUAAAAAUGCUUUUGUUUGAAAUCUAUGUUUGAUUAUCUAGAAAAAAAAUUAUUUAUUUGCUAAUAUAUUUUGUUCAAUGUCCCAAAAAACACAGAUAUGAAGAGUACCUUGCAACAACCGCUGUGCCACCUAGACUUCCAUGGGGAAGAGAGAGAGAGUAUGGAGGAAUAGGACCAGUAUCACUGCCCGAUGACCAUAGACCCAAAACUGAACCUCCACCAUUGGAGGCAAAGGGGCACAAGCAUUAUGGUUAUGGUGGAGACACCUGGCCAAGGUAAGUCAUUUUCCCACUCCUGUGUUUAAAGGUUGGAUCUUUCUUCAAAAAUAGAACUAUGAAAUGGUUAAAAGGUAAAAUGUAUAUUUUUUUGCAGAAAUUUGUUAAUUUAUGAUUAUGUUGCACACUUAUUUUUAAGAAUCAGUGACACCACUAAUGUUCAAUGAUGUCAUAGAGAAAGCAAAAUUCAUAUCUAUUUUUCUUAUGUUGUGUUUUUUUCGAGGAGUUAUUACUUUUGCAGAACACCAUGUUACCUCAUCAAAUCAAGAUGAUAAUCAAGAUGAUAAUCUGAAUCCAAAACCUUUGAAACUAACAAAAGGAAACUUGUUUUCCUGUUGCUCAUAAUUUCAUUAUAUCUCAUAGUGGUAGUCAUUUACUAGUCAUUUUAGUUUAGCCACAUAUUAAUCUUAUAGUAAUACACUACCCCAGUGGAAUCGAUAUAAAUAAUUUGUCAUAUUCUUUUUAUGGCAAUGGCAUCAUCUUUUUUGAAAUGCAUAUAAAUUAGCUUUUUUUGACAAUAGUUUGGGGCACAUUAGUAGCUGAUCACUUUGUCCUUUAGCAAAUCCACCAUUGUCACAGCUACUGAAAAAAAGCAACUGUUAAAUGUAUGCUUUUGACAAAGGUAUUUUCAAAGUUGACCACUAGAUGUCAGAGUAUGCUGUUUUCAUAAUAUUCGCAUUAUUCAAAACCACAGAACAAUUACACUGCUUAAUAAUAUUUGUCCACUAGAUGGUGCCAGUGGAUACUGUUUGUAGAGACUGGGCAGCUAGCAAUGAAGAAAACUUUAUAGCUUUAUACAGCAUAUUAUAAAGAUACAGCUGAUCAAUCGUAACUUAAAGUACAUUUUAUAUCAUUUGAAACAAUUCUAUAUUUUUUUAUACUUGUAAAAUAAAAGUAUAAUUUAAUUGUAUAGUAUAAUUUUAUUGAGGAUUUUAGAGAAGCUGCAGCCUAAUUAAUAACCUUACUGCACAACUCAAGUUUUUAUUUUAUAUUUAUUUGUAUAUUAUUUAACAGCACUUAAGUUCAUAAAAAAAGCAGGGAACAAAAGUUACUUCUUAAAGGGAAACUACAGUGCCAGGAAAACAAACUCGUAGCUUCCCCCUCUGUCAAGGCCCCCUCCCGCGGCGCUCAAGGGGUUAAUAACCCCUUCAGUCACUUACCUGAAUCCAGUGCCGAUGUCCCUCGGCACUGGCAGAGCUCCGCCCAUGUUCCUCCCCCGCUGUUGUCCACCGGCGGGGGAGACCCAAUGCACAUGCUCGCAUAAAGAUCUCCAUUAUUCAAUGCUUUCCUAUAGGGAAAAUCUGACGCUGGAGGUCCUCAUGCAGAGGGGGAGGAUGUCCAGCAUCAGAUAACGGACCAAAAGUCUGUUUCAAUUCCGGAAGUCCCACUAGUGGCUGUCUAGUAGACAACCACUAGACGAGGAGUUAACCCUAAGAGGUAAUUAUUGCAGUUUAUAAAAACUAGAAUAAUUGCCACUGCCGGGUAAAGGGUGAUGGGUGUUUACACCCAGACAACUUCAAUUAGCUGAAGUGGUCUGGGUGCCUAUAGUGUCCCUUUAAUUAUACAAAUGAUUCAGAAAAAAAGAAAAUAUUAAUUGAAUUAGAGAUCUAGAAUCAUUUUUAAACUAAACACACAAGAGAUGAAUAAUGAAGGAUAAACUUCACUGGAUUUCAGAUUUAGAUAACGAUUGUUGAGAGCCUGAUAAUAGUGUCCUUCUGACGUAGCACUAGUUGAUUAAGAAAUUAAGUCACAACCUUUGUUCUCAAGUCAAGUGUCUCUUGCAAUUAUAUUUUUUACAUUUGAAAACAAGGAACUUGUCCUAAUUAAAAAUGUAUAAUCUGACCUCUUGCGCAUGUGUACUUGGGGUGGGCUUAAAAGGUUAUAGCCCCAAGAGUGAGCCUGAAUUUCUUUAGAUGGGAGAAGUAUUUUUUACUGCUACCUUAUAGCAAAUUACAGAAAAUGGCUUAACCCUUGAUGGUAAAACAGCACCCAGACACUCCUGCAACCAUAAUAACUUCAAUGAAUGGAAAUUGUGAUUGGGUGGGUGAGUUCCUUUAACAUAAUGGAAUAGAUGCAGGUUAAUAUAAUUAAGUAGAGUGCAGGGUGGUAAUAUAUUGUAGUGGAUUAUUAUACUGCAGUGGGAUGCACGGUGUAGAUUGAUAUAAUGGAGAGGAAUGCACAGUGUAGAUUGAUAUAAUGGAGAGGAAUGCACAGUGUAGGUUAAUAUAAUGUAAUGGGAUGCACGGUGUAGGUUAAUACAAUGUAGUGGGAUGCACAGUGUUGGUUAAUAUAAUGGAGUGGGAUGCACGGUGUAGGUUAAUAUAAUGGAAUGGGAUGCACAGUGUUGGUGAAUAUAAUGGAGUGGGAUGCACGUGUAGGUUAAUAUAAUGGAGUGGGAUGCAUAGUGUAGGUUAGUAUAAUGUAGUUGGAUGCAUGGUGUAGGUUAAUGUAGGUGGAUGCAUGGUGAAGGUUAAUAUAAUGUAGUGUGAUGCACGGUGAAGGUUAAUAUAAUGAAGUGUGAUGCACGGUGUAGGUUAAUAUAAUGUAGUGGGAUGCACGGUGUAGGUUAAUAUAAUGUAGUGGGAUGCACGGUGUAGGUUAAUAUAAUGUAGUGGGAUGCACGGUGUAGGUUAAUAUAAUGGAGGGUGAGAAACACAUGUACAUCUAAAUGCUUAACAUAAGAAAGCACUGAAUUCAGUGCGUUCCUUCGAGCUGCAUUGGCCACAUGAUUGAACAUGACUCAAUCAUUGCUGCAGAAGUGCAUUUAGUGGCUUUCUGGAAGGCAGCCACUAAAAGUGUGUUUAUCUCUGCAAUGUAAACAUUACAUUGAGGGUUGCUGUGUGUGAAUGGGGUGCAGUGUGUGUAUUGGGGGCUGCCACUGCCUCCGACACAGUCAGUCAUUCUAGAUGUUGUGAACUACAUAUCCCAUAAUGCUGGCAAAGUAUCAGUGGAGUUCCAGUCCACAGCAUCUACAGCAGGGGUAGUUAAACUGGUCCCUACCACCCACUAGUGGGUGGUUUGGGGACAGUGGUGCUUUCUGCAGAAAACGCCCAUAGACCUUGAUGGCCGUGGAUCCUUUCAUCUCCCCUGCUGGCCAUGCAGAGCCAGCCUUGCUGUAAUUCUCUCGGGCUGUUGAGGAGAUCAACGAUCUCCCUCAAUGGCCUUCUGGCACUUAGUUCCAGCAAAGGGCAGGAAGGGCCUGGAAAGCUCUGUGUUCCUCCCACGAGCAGACUGGUCAGAGCGUUGUCGCGCAUAGUAAGGCUCCAUGCUGUGCUUGCAGGAGGACAGUAGAGUAAGCCUGCAGCCGGAGGAGCAGCAGACUAAAGUGAACAUGCCCCCACUGGAGCACCAGUGUUUGCAGCAUUAUGUCCCCCUUCCCUGGUAAAAGGUAAGAAAAAGGGAUGGGGAGACAUUAUAAAGGUAAGAAGAAGGGAGGGGGAGACAAGAUAGAUUUUCAAAUCUCACCCACCUACACACAGCAUAGACCCUAUGCACCCUUCACACCCUUCACACACACUACAUCCCUCACACACACACUAAACCCCCAACACACACACACACACUGCAAACCCUCAUCCAUAUACAGCGCCCUUCACACACACUGCCCCUCUCACACACAUAUCACCCUUCACACACAUAUCACCCUUCACACACAUAGCACCCUUCACACACAAUCAUAGGGGGGGAAAAAGGAGAAUAGAAAAAAAUUUAAAAAGGGAAAAAAAAACAGAUAAAUUUAAUUAUUCCUUUCUAAAAAAAAAAUUUGAAAUUGCACUUGCUCUAUAAAAUUAGUUAUUGCGGCACUUUACCAUCAACAAAGGUAAACAAGUGGGCGGUAGGUAUUAAAAGGUUGACUACCCCUGAUCUGCAGUGAUGAAGGGUGCCUGUCAGGAGUCUUACCUGAUGGGGAAUCCGGCUCGCAGAGUUAUACGCUCACCCUUGCAAAGCAGACACAGACCAGGGUGACUAGGUAAGACGCCACCUGACCUGUGAGUCUGUGCACGGGGGCUUUCCAGGAAUAGUGCUCCAAGUAGCAGUACAGCAGGGAUUAGCAGAAGCAUAUUCAAGGAAAGCCAAAGUCAGGGGAAGCCAGAGAUCAGAGUAGUCCAGGAGGAAAGCCAAGGUCAGAAGCCGGAAUCAGACAGGAAAUACUGGAACGCUGAUAUGGAGAGACAGGAACAAAAUAGGGGAAGCAGAGUCAAUGAACUGACACCCUUCCCAGGGUGAGGCAGGCUUUUAUAUCCAGCCAAUCAAUAUGGGUUACAGGUGUGCUAGAGCAGCCACGGGUAAGUUCAGCUCCCAGUGCUGGAAACAAGGCAAGGACACCUAUUAAGGCAAUACUAUGAAUGGCUGGAUAGCUCAGUGGCAAAAGAGCAGGAUUCAAGAAGCCAGAGUCCUGCCAAAGCCACCAGGAAGGUAAAUCCAGCUGGCAUUACACAUGUCACGAUGGAGAUUGUGACAGUGCCUACCCCUACCAUUGAGGGCUUUCUGAGGCAUUUCAACUAUUUGGGAAGUGCCAUUAGUGCCAUGCUAAGCUAUCACUGCUAUGGACAGUUAAUAUCCAUGAUCUUUACCUCUUCUGCUAUGAUUAUUCCCUAGAUUAUUUACAGUUCUAAUGUGUUAAAUAGGCAUGUACACCUCCUAUUAUACUAGAGCUCCUGGCAUCCAAAGCUCUCACAUUUACACAAUAAACAAUGUACCCCACUCAUAGCAAGAACAGCCAGUAUCCAGAGGAUGAAGACAAAACUGUGCCCUGCGAUGAGCUAACCCACAUUAGAUACCUUUGUAAUCAAAUUACAAGUGUGGUAAAGGAGCCCUAAAGCUGGGUGGAGAUACAUAUUUGGCAGUUGUCUUCCUGCCAAAUAUGACCUUCCUGCCAAAUAUGACGUGGUGUCACAUUACAGAGAAUAACUAGCAAAUGCAUAGACGGAAAGUUAUCUCUUAACAAUUUAUGGCCUUUGUUUUGCAAUAUCCCACAACUAGCGUACAUUCCAGAAGGGCAUGCAUGUUGGGUGGGAAUAAAAAGAAACCUUCAGAAAGAAUAAUAUCUAACAAUCUACACAUAUAGUAUACACAGAGUAUUGUAUACAGUUACAUAUUUCACCAGCACAAUGUAUAGAUUAAAUCUAUACAUAUUUGUAGAUGACAAGUUCCCUUUAACAGAGACAUGAAAACAUUUAUUAGACAAAUAAUGUUGAUUUUAAUAUUGUAUGUUUUAAUACUUAUUUAAGAUAGGACAGAAUGAGGCAGAAUUCCCCAGAUGUACAUAAAGUGUUCCUAUCUGUAAUGCUGACAGAGCUAUACUCCGUCUCCCAGUGUUUAAAUAUGAAUCCUCUGCCAGGGUGAGUAUGGAGCAAUUAUACCCGGUAAGAAGGUUCAAGGCAUUAUCCUAAACUAAUACGGUGAAAAACGGUUACCAAGAAUUGAUCAAUAAACUCUCCAGGCAGGGUCAGACUGGAAUCAAAGUGAAGCCCAGGUCCUUCUGGCCACAUCAGCCCACUUUGUGGAUUCAGAAUUUGAGUUUUUCCAUAUUUCAAAUAUUGCAUGCAACUUUUCACAAGCAACCUAAAAAUAAAAAAGUGAUAAAAACAAAUAUGAAAACCCAUUUAGAUAAAAUAAUAGAUAUAUACAAACCAUAUAAACAGAUACACGCAUAAAUAUACCGACUGAUAGAUAUACCCUUAUAGAUAUAUAUGCAUGCACACAAAUAUAGAAACAUACAUAGAGCAAUACCUAUUCAGACAAAUAUAGAGUGCGAUUGACACAUAUCCACAUAUUGACACAUACAGAGAUACAUGGAGCAAUACAUACAUGAACAUAUAGAUGGAGACAUAGACACAUAAUUAAAUAAAUUAAUUCAUACAUUAUCUUCUCUUCCUAACUCCUAUUUUUGUUUUUUGGGAAGGGUUGUUUUUUUUAAUUUAGGUAUAGAACGGGGUGUCUCAUAUUUUUGCAGGAAAUAUUUCAGAUUGAGGGUGUGUCCCUUUUGACCUACUGCAUUGGUUAUCUAUAUCAAAUGUUAUAUUGUUAUACAGUACUAUAUACAUAAUGUUUAUAGUGCUACUACAUAAUAUAUACCCACAACAAUUCCACUUUCUGUUCUGUACGAAGUCAGUGUCAACGACUCUUUGGACUGGAUUCAGGUGAAAUGGUACAAUGUAAAAACCCUGACCAAUUAUAGUGACGGUUCUGAUACCUAAGAGCCCUAUUUAUUAAGAGAUAUUGGAUUGCUAAGCUAUAAUACUUACCAGAUUUAUUGAGGAACUGCAAGCAAUAUGCUUUACCCAGGUUUACAAGCAGUCUGGUGAUACACACCUGUGGACUUUGGAUCUGUAUCAUUUGCACUGCACAGUAAACUUCAAUCUUUUAACUAUUCUACCAUAACACUGACAUUACUAGAAAAAUCAUAUUCUGGAUCUGCGUACUAAAUAAAUUGCAAUCGCCAUGGAAACCAAUUUAAUGUUUAUCACUAUUUAGCAUCUCACAUCUAGAAUAGAUUCUGUGUGCCUUUAUAGAUACAGUUGUGCUGAACAGUUUGCAGACCCUUGGAGAAUUGGUCAUGUAUGUACCAUUUUUAAAGAAAACAUGAGUGAGCAUUUCUUUUAUUUUUAAUGGGAUUCAUAUUCAACUGUAGGUUAUAACAGAAUGGCACAAUCAUAAAACAAAGCCUGGCAACAAAGAAAAAAAUUAAAUGAGCCCUGUUCAAAAGUCUGUAUACCCUUAGUUCUUAAUACUGUGUAUUGGUUCCUUUAGCAUCAAUGACAGCGUGCAGUCUUUUAUAAUAGUUGUAUAUGAGGCCCCUAAUUCUUGCAGGUGGUAUAGCUGCCCAUUUGUCUUGGCAACAUGCCUCCAGGUCAUGCAAAGUGUAGCGGAGAUGCAAUAUUACCCAGGUUAUCUCCGCUUAUAAUCCAAGUGAGACUCAGGAACAAGUAAAUAGUAAAUCCAAAGGCAGGGUUUCCAGCAGGUAAAAUACAGCAAUAUCCCAACAGCAAUCCCAAUAACUGGAUGACACACAGUUUCAGGAGCAUAACUGACAAGCCUUUAAUCGCAGUCUCCUUAUAAAGCAUGCUCCCAUGCAAGGGAGGAACUUACAGUAAUUAUUACAGUAGCCAAUCCUGUCCUGGUAACCUCCCACACAUCCCCUCCCCUCAGCCAGCAUCAUAAUCCCCUUAUCCAGCACACCAAUUCCCCCCGUUUCUGGAUGUACCCCUAAACGUAGGGGUACCCCUUUAAAUCCUACACCCCCUGAUAGCCCUGAUCUGGGUGAACAACAUAUCCAAAAAUCACCCAGAUCGGACCAGGGGUUCGGGAAAAGUAUGGAGGGAAUAAAAUGACCGACCGCACGAACAGAGAUAGCCGAAUUCGGUUCCAUGUGAAUGGGCCUUGCGGUCGGUCCUGGCAUAAGGGAAUAAAAUACACGAAAGCCUCUAGCUAUAGAGGCUAGGGAGGGUUCGCCUGAAUCCCCUCGUUCGGUAUUUUCUAUUUACCGAACGAGGGGCCGUUCGGUAGUUUGGAACCGAACGGACCAGGGCUGUGGAGGUCUCAGCGGUGUUCGCCUACUCGAGUGUCCGAUUUUAGUUCCAGGCACUCGACGGCAAAACACCGCUGUUCGGGAGUUUUAAAAUGGCCGCCGCCACGUGUUCGUUUGUCGAAUGGCGGCCACCCCCGAGAACAAAGGACGGCUACUUACUGUUCAAUUACCCGUUCAACAAUGUUGCAACGGAAUUGAGGACACACUUCACACAGGGAGGUCUGGUUGUUCGGUAGUUUCAUUCGAAUAAACUAAGGGAAUGAAACUACCGAACAAUCAGAGGAAUACAAUUCUUUUUAAAUACACAGAAAUUACAGCAGAUACACAUAUGCAGCUUUAUACAGUAUUUCUUGUAGGGUCGCCUGGUGCCAUCUGCUACACAAAGUCUUUGGUCGUCUUGCAUGAACCGCACGUUUGAGAUCUCCCCAGAUAUAGACCUACAUCCCUGGCCACGACAAAGUACAAUGCAAAAUACAAAAUGGCCUCCACAGUUCAUUUUACAUAGAGUUCCAUCAACAUCCUGAGACACAAGUGGACCUCUGUUUUAUUAAUCACACUUGUAUAUGGAAGCAAUAUUUUAUCAUUUCUGUAAGCAGGAUGAGGAGUGUGAAUCGAAAUCUCCUACUGCUUUGGCAGACACUAAUCAUUUAAAUUGUGGGUAACCACAUUUUUCAUCUUUCAUUAAACCCUCUGUGUGUCAGAAGAAAGUUUAUUGAUAUAUCUGAUGUCUAAAUCACACUGUCAUUUCUACAAGGAAGGGAACACAACAUUGUUAUCCACUUGAGCUUUAGGAGAGCUUGUUUUUUUUUUUUUAAAUGCCUAAAAAUCAUUUAUUACCUUUAUAACAAAUCUUUACAGUAAUGAAUGUGUUGGUAAAUAUUAGUAAGAAGGUGGACGACAUAACAUGUCUGGCUUUCUGUAUAUCGCAUGAUGAAGAGGCAUUUCUUAAUAUUAUAUUUUUUUUCUUAACACAUUUUCCUUCUUUUCAAUUUUACCUUUGUGACAUUACUUCCUUAUAUACAUGUGUGAAGGUAGUUGGGAUAGUGUAGGAAGAAACACCUUUUACUUAUAACAACUUACCCAGAAUAACUUGACGCAAGACGUAAAUGGUGACAAACAGGCCACAACUUUAUUUAAAACAAUACCAUUAUUAACAUAACACAUUAACAUGACAUUCAUUAACCGCAACUUCCAUUACCAGAUCCUUGCCAACCAUUUAACAUAACCUAGGCGCUUGCCUCCCCACUCGUCCAUACCCCACAAUUGGCCUUCCAACUGACCUUCCAAUACCAUCCAUGCUAACCCCUGGCUUUGGCUCAGUGGGCAUGUCCUUCAUCAUAACUUAAUCACGAGGCUAGGGGAGGGAUCAGUCCUGAACCAUUUCCACGGGACCGCUGGUCCAAACCUGACUGGCAAGGAACUUCAUACACCUGCUGUGACAAGAAAAAACAAUUAAAAAGAAAUUGUAACUCAAAGUUUAGGUGAUCUACCCCACCAGCUAAAACCUAUAAGUGUGAGUGCAGCGAUUAAAAAUUAGCAGAUCUUCCCCUUAUAGAUACAGGGGAUUGUAUUCCCUGAAAAAAUAAUAGAAUAAAACACAAUAUAGUGAAGUAUUGCUAAUUAGAAGAUAGUUAAUAUAUAUUGUGUAUAUAUCACACUCACAUGUAAUAGUGCCAGGUCCAGCUAGGAUUAACCCAUUUUUUUAUAAACAUAGCAGUUUCAGAGAAAUUGACAGCCGCUAGAGGCACUUGCGUGAUUCUCACUGUGAAAAUCACAGUGAGAGCACGCAAGCGUCUAUAGGAAAGCAUUGUAAAUGCUUUCCUAUGCGACCGGCUGAAUGCGCGCGCAGCUCUUUCCACGCUUGCGCAUUCAGCCGAAUGGGAGGAACGGAGGAGGAUCGGAGGAGGAGAGCUCCCAAAAAGGAAAAAGGUAAGUUUUUACACCUUUAUUCUCCCCAGAGCCAGGCGGAAGGGGGACCCUGAGGGUGGGGGCACCCUCAGGGCACUAUAGUGCCAGGAAAACGAGUAUGUUUUCCUGGCACUACAGUGGUCCUUUAAUGCUAAAAAUCCACCUCAUUUCACACAUUCCUAACUUUCUUAUUAUGUCCUCUCCCCUCCAGUUAGCUUUAAUUUUCUGUAUGACAUUACAUUUUAUAAAUUGUCGAUCACUGUUAUGUACUGAUUUAAAAUGUUUUAAGAUGCUAUGUUUUUGAUAACCCUUUUUAUAUUUCGUACAUGCUUAUUUAUUCUAAUGUGUUGGGGAUGUUUAGUUCACCCCACAUAGCAUAAAUGGCAUGUACAAGUCAGAAGAUAUAUCACAUUCUAAGAAAAACAGGUGUUCAUUCAUGUAUUUUGUGUGUUUUUUGCUUUUUAUAAAUUCUUUAUUUUUGAGUCUUCAAAAGAAGAGUUGUUUUUUUUGUUUGUAACGUUAUGGGGUACAGAAAGGAAAAAGGGGUGCAACAUGUUACAAUUAUAUUGGUUACAUUUGUACUCAUUAUUAAAUCCCUGUUUACAUUCAUUGUUUCAGUUGUCCAACAUGUAACUCCCAUUGCCCUGGGUCUGGAAGGGUCGGGUGGGUAAGAUGGAUGGGGGUGUCCCCUCUGUUUGGCGUAACCACCGUUUACCCUGAGUUUAGGGAAUGGGCCCUAGGCGAUGGGUUUUGGUGAUGCGCUGUAAGGCUCAAACUUGGCCUUCGCCUAGUUCAUGGGCCUUGUGAGGUAUCGUUGUCGUACUCUGUCUGUUGCGUUGUGCUGUCUCUGUCCUCUGGGGGUGAGGUGGUGCCUCUGGGGUCGGGGGUUUAGGGGUUUAGAACUUGGAGAGUGUCCUUGUGUCGUAAUAUCAUUUUGUUGUGUGUGGUUGAGCUUGUGGAGUUCACCUGAGUUAGGUCAGGUGGUUGCUUGUAGUCGUGAUGUUUGCAAAUUUGUGUAAUUGUUUUCUGUUGGUUGUGGUGUUUUGAUGUGUGGUGUGGGUGGGUAUGGGGUAGGGGUGGAAUGUGGCAAAGAGGGGGGGGCAGUUCUCUCUCCCCCCCCUUCCCCGCUUGCGGUGUCUUACAAUGCCAACCAGGGGUCCCAGAUCUUAUGGAAAGAUCUAGUGUUUUCGUGUAUUAGUGCGGACAAUUCGUCCAUCUCCAUGGCCUCUUUAAUCUUUCUCUGGGCCUCCGAGGCUGUUGGGAUUUCUGGGCUGCCCCAGUGGGUGGCUAUAGUUUUUUUUAUAAUUCUUUAUUUUAUUUGUGCAAGGUGAUAACACAUCAGGCUUACAAUGCCACAACAGCCAGAGUAAGCAGUUAUGCAGACAUAGUGUUACAGUAGUUAGGCAUUAGAAGAUACUGCACAGUUUUAUAUAUAUUAUUGUCGUGUGUCUGGUGGUUUCACCAGUUCCGCUUGUCAGUAAAUGUGUGGUAUAAGGUUAAGUCGAACCAUUCAACAUUAAGUUAUAUAUGAAUAAGUCUAGGGAUUGAGACGUUGCUAAUCUGGCGUACAGUGCUAAUACAGCCUGGAUGAGCAUUCAUUCUAACAUAGUGUUAUAUUAGCUAGACAUUAAAUGCUGCUGCAAGUUGUUAUUUCUAUUGUGCGCUUUUUAGAUUAAGUAGUUAUGUUAAAGCUUAUGCGGAACAUGCAUUAUAAAGUAUGUGUAACAUAGCUUAGUCAAAUAGCUUUACGUAAGAGUAUUAAUCAUGCUUAUACAGUAUAUGAAUAUGGUUAAAUUCCCAUUGGAGCUGCAAUCACAGUCUUUGAGACCUGUAUGGCUUGUGACGAGGGAUGUAAUAGAACCAAAUUAAAAGUAAAAGAGAAAUAGACAUGGCAGGACUAGUGUACACCCGGUUAGCGUUUUCAACACGAGAUAUCACAGUGUCUCAGGCCUCGUGGCUCUCUCGUCGUGGACAGCCUGCUCUGUUCUAUCAUUCCAUGUUUCAUCCAAUUCCCCUCGCUGGGUGGCCUACGAGGCAGGCAGAGAUUAUACUGGUGGGAGUGCUGGGGCGGCUUUGUGAGAGGGUGUCCACCCAGAGCUGGGCCCGUGUGGCGUCCAGUGCCUUCAUUUUGCGCGCCCAAUGGCUCGGAGCACCUGUAUCUUUCUCAUAUGGGUUACAGCGAUGGGUCUCCCACCGAAUAGCAGUGGGCGGGCGCUGGUGUGGCAGUGUGGGGCCCUGGUUGUUGUUGGGCUCUGGUGAGUAUAAGGGUAGAGGAGCAGGUGCUUGCUUACCCUCGGUGUCCGGAGGGGGCGCGCUCACUCCACAUGGCUCGGCUAGUUGAUCUGCAGUCCCCUGUUGAGAAACUGAAGCUGCUGCUCGUGCCUCCAAUUUAGCCCAGAAGUUGGUGAAUAUUGCCUCCAAUCUUGCCAGGGAGCGCUCUACAGAAAAACUGAGGCUAUUACUGGUCGGUAGUGGAGUUGGCUUUGCUGGAGGAUGAGUGUCCGCCAUUUUGAGGGUUCCCGCCAUGUGCAGGUGAGUGUCCCUUUCUGACCACAGGUUUUGUCUGGAGCAGUCCAGGGGGGGACCGGGAUAACCCCCGCCGGUCCAAUGGGGGGAGGGGAGGUAUGGACUGAAGCAGUUCCGUUCAGCAAUCAGGAGAGCGGGGAAAUCGGCCGCCUUUCCCCCCACCCGGUCACUUGCAGGCCGCAACUUGUCUCCGCGGGCUCACUGCGUCUCAGAGGCUCGUGAGUGGGGUCAGUGUGAUCAGCAACUUGUCCCCAAGUAGGCUUAUGGGUAUAGAAACCCGGAUUCAGGCUGGAAAUGGGGGUAUUACCCCGAAAAUUGUCGUUUUGUGCAGGAGCUCGCUCAGCAUGCGGCUGCUCAGCUCCGUGUUCAAGCUCCGCCCCCCGUGUUUUUUGCUUUUUGUGCUUCGACAAGCCAGACAUAAGAAACCAUUUUGUUGAAAAAAUUUGUCUCUUCCAUUAGUCUUAAUGUGAUUUUUUACUAAUCUUUUUUUUUAGACUGGGAGCUCCUCUGUAUAUUAUUUUGGGUUGGCUUGGAAGAACCCAAAAUAAUAAGCCAUGGAGCUCCCAGUCUAAAAUAAAAGAUUAGUAAAAAAAAAUCACAUUACUCCAUAAAUGCAAUGUUAUCUAUAAAUCUAGCCAUAUUGCUUGCAAAUAUAUUGCUGGAAAUACAUUUCCGUUUUAUUUUUCUAAAUUCCUUUGCUGUUAAAACAUCAUUAUAGUGGUGAAGACUACAAAUAUAAAGUUCACAAAAGGCUGUGCAAGGUAUCCUGUGCAUUCUACAAAUUCUACUGCAUGAUGCUACAUGAAUAAUGUAGAGGCUUUAAAGUUAGUUCGACAAAGUUAACAAUACUGCCGGACUGUUCGUUGCUGAGGUCACACGGUAGGAGAUUUUCAGAAGCAAAUAACUUUUAGGUCUGGCUAGUAGUGUAAGACUUGACAUGAUACAGACUAGUCAAAUUCAGAUAAGAAAAAUAGAUAAGAUAGUGAAAAUCAGAUAAGAAAAAUAUUAAAGAGACACAUUUUUGAUGGUAGAAUUAGAUUUAAAGUAAUCAUGUAUGCAGAGGCCACCAUAGACUGGUUUGGCCCACUCAUGGCUGCAAUCUUAUAAUUCUGCCAUUUGUUGGGCCCAAUCGUCAAUACAAUUCUAGUAAAGUCACUGGUGCAACUGAAGAAACAUUUUUGUUUAUAUUUUUUUAUCAAUGUAUGUUUAAAUAACCACUCAAAAUAUUUAACAUUGUAACAUGUUUAAUUGUCAUUGUACAAUAUUCCACUUCUUAAUGACCAGUGUAUAAUCGCCAUAUGGGAAGUCGGAACCUUGGACAACCCCCCCCCCCCCACAUACCAUUCCCAAUAAAACACGGACACUAGGGUAUAUGGGUCAAAAUUGUCCAUAGCUUUUAUUAAAUAGUAAUAACUUAACAUAGAAAAAAACAGGUCAUUGCCCCAUACUCAGCCCUCACAACCGUAUCCUUCUGUUAGAUAUAAAAGACCCCAAUAUAAAAAACAAUUAUUUAUAACAUUAUUCCAACAUGAACAUAACUUAAAGUGCCAGCAUUUAUUAUUGUGACGAAGUGCCCUUCGCCACUUGUGCCUGGAGAGGACUGCUUGCCCGCCUCUUGCCCUGUGACUAUGGACCCUGGGAGAUUUGGCCCGUUCAAUUCAGUAUGAUAGGAGUUAUGUAUUUUUGUAUCCUUUUGUGUUUUACCUGGAACAUGUGCUCAAUGGAGUCUGCUUCUAUCCCUGGAUAAUUGGAUUACUUUCCCCAUUGUCUCCAGGCUAGAGGGCUCUGUAAAACCAGUUUGGGCCAGAUAGCCAUGCCCCAAAAGAUACUUUACUAACUUCUGAACCCCUGGUCUGAUUCAUGCCAUUUUUGAUAUGUUGUUUCCCUGAAUGGAUUGAUUGUGAAUAUAUAAUUUUUAUGUGGAUGUGAUGUAUAUUUUAGAAGUUAUGAAUGCUGUAAAAACUGUAUUAUUUCUGGCCAGCAGAUAAGUGAGCUUUGUGUAUUGUAGAAACUCAACUAUCUAGCCUGGCCCAGAGGAGGAGUUUUGUGUUGCAUAAAUUGUGAGUUCUGUGUGCCAGUAAAUGAGUCUUGUUCCAGCAUUAAGCCUUGGCUCAUGUUUGGGGGAUUGGAGAAAUACACUCUGGGGAUUGCUAUAAUCACUAUACUCCCCAGGGUAUGAUCACUAAGUUCUGCUAAGAGCUUGUUCCUGUUCCUGCUCUCUGGGGAAAGAGAGGUUCACCCACUGGAAGCUGGAUCCUGGCCUUGGGUCCAGGGUGGGUGGAAACAGCAGAGACCCCGGCGCAGUUGCAUCGCUGGAAGUGGGGUCUGCAGUGCUGAUGGUGUCGGUUGGAGUGCUUGGAGGCCUCAGCGAGCACUAGGAGCAUCGAUUGGCGGAGGUACUCAGUCGGAGUGCCAGCGGUCCGUCACAAUUAUAAAUUAACCAUGGCAGGGGCAUACCCGGAUACCCCUACCCCACCAGGUUCUGAGCUACGGACAGGACUCGAAACCUACAAACUUACCAAUAACCACAUUUUGCCAUUUCCAUAAUCUUCCAAAUGGGGAGCCUAUUUCCUCUCCUUCAGCUCCCAACCCAACUGAAAACCAAAACCAACGAAGGGUGGGUGGGACAAACUCAGCCAGGUAGGUAAUUAAAAGUGACUCUUUCCAAGAUGUCUGCCUAUUUAAAUAACCAAACCCCUUACCCGCCUCCUAACCCCUGUCAAGGCCCCUUUCCACUAAGCUGCGCUUUUGCCACAUGGGGCUACGUCAGAGAGGGCUCUAAAGGGGGCAUGGGGCAAUAGCCCCUCAAGGACCAUUAGCACACAGUGUUUAUAGACUGCAGUUUUACAGUACUCCAGGCAGGGGUGUACCUAGAGCACUUGGCACCCGGCCGGAUCCUUUAUAUGGCACCCGACCCCAUCUCCUACCCCAUCUUUAAAAUGUUGAAAACACCCACAGUGUUUUAAAUGUUUUCAGGAAUAUUCAUUGCAAAAAAUUGUAAACUGUAUGUUAGAAAGAGUCCCCUCACGGCCCAAUUAGAGACUACAAUGGAGUUUAGUGGGCACUGACACUCUCUAACACUCUGGCCCCCCAUUCACAAUAUAGUAACAUAACAUAACUCUCUGAUAUCAAGCCAAAGUUGGCUCUCCUCACCAUACUUACUGGUGCUGGCUAGCUGCUGUGGCUGGCAGGCUGGCUAGCUGCUGUAGGAGGCAGGUCGGCUGCUGUGGCUGGCCAACUGGCUUCCCCUGGCAGGCCUCUUUCUUCUCCCAGCAGAAGUCUGUUUCUCCUCCAACCCCUUUGUGUGUCUCUUUUUCCCCUUUCCCAGCCACUCUGUGUGUCUUUUUGCCAUCCCCAAAAGGAGGAGCUGGGAUAGUUCUAAGUGGCCUGUAGUUUCUAGAGACAACCAAGCUGCAAAACUGUGAUGAUAAUGUAUAGUAUCUCUGGAGAUGUUAACAAGUGACCACAGGUAAGACGAGACUGUGCGCAUGACAUUGAUAAAACAUACCAAUUGAUAUCAGUGUGCAACGGAAUCAGAGUCUAACUCUCUUAGACAUGCACAGAUCUCUGUGAACGCUCCAUUGUGCUGAGAACGUCAUAUCACUAGAGGGUGUAGAGGUAUUUUAUGUCACAUCAUGCGACAUUUUCCACCCUUCCCUGCCAUUAUCUCGUCUUUAUUCAUAUAUAUAUGUCCCUUCCUUACACUAUGUCAGCACCUAGCAAACAUUUUCAUAUCUGUUUAUAAGGGAUACUCUUAGUACCAUAACAGCUAUAGAUCAGUGUCACGGUUAUGUAGUUAUAAUUCUUUACUUUAGGUUAUGUCAAACUUCUUUUUGAGCGGCUUCACUGAUACUGCCAGGAAAAUGCUGAAGCUCCACUUUUGCAUUAUCCACACAAAUCCAUGUUUACCAGCACAGAGUACUUCAUACCUUCAAACUCCAUCGUUCAGAGAAUCAAGAAGAGAUAGGAGGGAGAUAAAGGGGGCGGGCCAUUGACAGGUUUGGGGUGGGAGUGGGUCCGCUCAAAUUACUGUCAGGUCAGCCUGGCUGCCUGUCCAUCAUACAGGCAAGCCAACUGAGGGCAGACCCUGCAGCGAGCAUGGUUCCAGUACUCACUGAAGGGUCCUUGUGCCCUGAACAUAGUGAAAACACGUCUAAUACUGCACUUGCGCUGUGCUUGCUAAGGGCAGUUCCCUAGUGUUGAGACAGGACUCGAAAAUCAGGACAGUCCUGCCAUAAUCAGGACUGUUAGGAGGUCUGGUAUCUGCACACUGAUACUUUUUAAUACUGUUAUUCUCCUGCUAACUCUUAACGUACGUUUAUACUGUUUAUACUGUUAACACCCAGUAUUCUCUGAAUAACUGCUUCUUGCUUUAUAAAUAUGAUUGCUUUGCAUCAAAGACUCAGUAUGAUACGCAGUGCCUCGGCGUUUAUAUAUGUAUAUAUAGUGAGCUUUAAGAAACAUAGAUUGCUAUUUUGUUGUAUUUAUUUAUCUAAUCUGCCUAUUAUCACAGUCAUUUUAAUACUAGCCAUUAAUAUGCUACAUAAAAUUACCAGCUUUAUUCUUGAUUUUUUUAUGAGUUAUUUCAGACUUUUCCCUUACAUGUGGAAUUAAUACUGUUCAAACAUUUUCUUUGAUUUAAGCAGCCUUACAAUGUGAUUUCUUCAUUAUAGGGGAAUUCCAAUAAAGCAGUACUAUGAAAUUACGCAGCUCAAAAAGAGUAAUGUCCGUGCUAGUGAUGACCUGUAAGUACCUAGAAUAAAUAAAAUAAGAAUAUGUGGAUAUUUAUUGCACAAAUUUGUAAACUGUAUAUUAACUUGUGCUUAGUGCAUAGCGCAGAGACAGACAGAAUGUAUGCAAAAGUGCCAGGUAGACUACAAGAGGGGGGGGGCAAACUUUUUUUAUUACAGUAGUUAUUGGGAUGCAUGACGGCACCACUGACGGGUCCCCUUAUCAUAAAUUCCCCCACCCCACCCUUAAUUUAAAAAAAAUGCUUGUAAGAGAAGAACAAGGAGCUGGCUGGGUGUGAUAGGAUUUGCACUCCAACCAAGGCUGGCUGUAUGACCAGCAGUACAAAUUAAGCAAUAUGGGUUUAACUGUAGCUUCAGUCUGAAAUUGUAUAUAGGUUUUAUACUUAAUCACAGAAUGUACGUGUUGAUAAAAUUCUUUCAGAUUCAAUAAUAUUAUAACCCCUCCCCCCCCCAAAAAAAAAUAAAAUAAAGUACAGUAAAACCAACAGUAAUUUGUGUAAUAAAGAGUCCCCUGCACCCCCUUAACAUAAAUACCCUCCCCCUUAAUUAAAAAAACCUGCACACCCCUCACACCCUCCCAAAAAAACCCACCAAAGCAUACAGUAAAACCAACAGCAACAGUAAGUUGUGUAAUAAAAAGUCCCCUGCACCCCCUUAACAUAAACAAAGAGUCCCCUGCACCCAUAAUAAAGAGUCCCCUGGAGUCUGGACACAUCCUCUACUUACAUUUGAUAAUGCCUUGAGUCUGCACUGACAUGCUCUGCUCCGAGCCUCCGACCACUGGUGCCUAACGGAUGACGCAUUCUUCCGCUCCUCCUGAAAGGUUCCACGGGAUGCCUGUCUUCUGGUCCCACCUUAUCUCGUGCCUCCCCCUUACCACAGCAGCUAAAGGGUUAAAAAUUAUUUAUUUACUCACCCGAUUCCAACGCCAAUCUUCCUUGGCACUCUACCCCCUCCACCGUUAUCCAAUGGGGGGGGGGGCCUAAUGCGCACACGCUGUGAGCAUCUCAAGCGCAUUAGACUACUUACUUACUCUACCUACUCUCGCAGGUUUUACUAAGAGGCAGCAAAAAGUCUCGUAGUUCUCACAAGAUAAUUCAAGGUUCAUUUUUCCUACCCAAGCAAGCAAGAGUCUCUUCCUGCGUCUAUUUAACAUACCAAAACCAUCAAUAUAGCAGUUUUCUUUAAUUAUGUCCAUUGGCAUUAAUGUCAUUGUUUUAUUAUGUAUGAUGCAACUAUGCAAAUAGCACAAUGUAUCUUACCUGGAUUAAUAUUUAAAAAAUAAUGGGGAAAAAAAACAAUAAAAAAAUAAAAUACAAUUAAAAAAUUGCAGUAAGCAAUAAAUGACCUUUAAAAUAACUAACCUUAACAACUGUUUCCCCUUUAUAGGUAUCCGAAACCACCUUCUGCUUCUAUUAAGUGAGUAAAAUAUGUAUCCAAACAAUUAUACAAUGAAUAUAAUCAUGGGUGUUAUUUUAUUUAUUAGUGUACAUAAUAAUUUAUAUACUAUAGAAUUAAAGGUAUUAUUAAUAAAUAUGACAUAGUUUAUAGAACAUUUCCAUAAUUUAAUUAUAAUAAUAGUGACAUCCAAAGUCAUCGAUCAGAUAUAUACCCAAUUAAUGUUUUCAUUGCUUACCUUUUCAAUACAGUGACAGACAACUUGAUGUGGAAUUUCCUGCAGAACAUCCCUACCAUUCCCAUAUAUCCAAAUUUUCUAUGUUUCCGAACUACGAGCCUCCAGAGGACCUGGCACAUUGCACUCCUGUACUGCACCCACAAUGCCCAGCACGACCCUAUUCCACCAUUAUUUUGAGAAAAACAAAAGGUAUCAAUAUCCCAUAUUGUGUAAGCAUCUGUCAAAGCAUCUCAUUGACAAUUUAAAGUAACAGAAUGCAGCUGGAAGGAAAUUUUACUGAAGUGGAAAGUUUAAACCUUCAGCCACUAAUUAUAUAUUUUUACCGUGAUAUUUAAAAACACACUCAAAGCACCAUAACCACUUCAAAUCACUGUUGUGGGUAUGUGCCAGGAGUAAGUAAGUUGUCAAAUCCCUUGCUAAUAAUUUGAUAGCUUACCUGGGGACCGCCAGGCACUAGUUACAUGCUGUACUGAGAACCUGAAGCUCCUGUUAGAUGUCUCAGAGCAUCGCUGACUACCAUGCUGGCCAUAGCUCAGUCCUGAGAGCUUUCGGCACUUAGAGGAGGUGAUCGGUGCAGAGCAGACCUCAGGUAAGUUGUCAGAAUUGAUAGCAAACAGUUUGCCAUUUCACUCACCAAUGUAAGAAGUCAAUCCUGGCACCAUAACCACUACAGUGCAAUGUUUUGCAAAAAGAGCCUUUUAUGCAUAAUCAACAUCCCUGGCAGUUGAAACAUUUUAAACAUUAAAAACUGUUUAUAAACAAUUGACAUACAAUGAAAAAAAACUUAAUAUGUCACUCUCAGCAGUAGAACUGGAAGAGUUAAUUUAGAGUUCCAUAUGUAUGUUAAUUUAUUCAACCAGAGAUAAUUUCAAAUCUUUUCACAAUCUGAGGAAGCAAGGUGCAUUGGGAAGACUUUCCUGGUGUGAAUAGGCAGCAUUACAUUCUAUAUUGGGGCAGCUGAAUGGGGAACUACUCUUUCCCACAUUAAAUUAAAGGGAAAGGAGGUUUAGUAGAAAAUAAAGGAAAUUGCAGGGAAUGCAGGUUAGCUAACAGAGGCAACUUCAUAACACCAUAACCACUUCUAUAAACUGUUAUGUUUAUGGUAUUUGAAGUGUGCAAUAAGGCCCCACGCUCCAAGUUCGUUGCAGUAUUUAUGGUGCUAUGAGCCUGUGGGCGCCAUCGCCUGGUUUUCUUUCAGACUGCUUAGGAGUGAUUUGAUAAAAAUGGGUGAUUUCCCCAAUGCAUAUAAAUUAAAUCUCAGCAAAUUGUGCUAAACUGACCAAUCACACAGGUUUGUGACUAUACCUUCUCAUUUACAUUUAACUUUAUAAUUUUACCACUAUUGAAAUGCUUCGGCCUCCCUUGAAAUUGUGCCUUGGUACCAAAGGCGUAACUAGAAACCAUCUGGCCCUGGUGAGAAUAUUGCCCUGCCCAUCCUCUCCCCCAUGUGUCUCAUUCCCCCACCCCCAGUGCAGCGUGCUCCCAUCCUGCCAGUCACCCAGUGAACAGGCAUCCCGUCACUGACGUGAUGCCGGCCCACAGUCACAGGGUCAAAAUACAUACCAAGAAACAGCCGGGCGACCCAGAGUGACAAGCCUGGUUGCAGCUGUGACCCCUGUAACUACAGUAGGUAUGCCGCUGCUUUUUAAAUAUCCAUUAAUUAUGCAUCACCUUUAUUUUGUUUUCAUAUUAUUUUCUGAUUUGUCUUUAUUCAGAUCAAUAAGGAGAUAUUUUGUGAUUUUUAGGAAAUCCAUACAGGCAUGAGGUGAUUUAUACUCCCCCUGGUUCACUAAAGGAACGUUUGGUAUGGCCAGGACAGAACGGAUAUUAUCACGUAAGUAUUGGGGGUAUUUUGGGGUUUGUAGGAAUAAAUCUACAAUACAUUUACAAAGAUACUGUAAAACGAGAAUAAAAAAAGGAAAAGAGGAAAAGUAGCUAAAAUAUUUCCUACCUUUAUUCCCUAUCCAUAUUUUCAGUUUUUUCUGAAAAUGUCUACAUGAAUGGAAUACUGUGUAGCACAUAAACACUUGUGAAAGGACCAAGUGGAAAUAAUUGAAGCCAAUUGGGAUUUUAUAGUAUGUGAUAAGAACUACAUCUUAAGCACAACUGUACAACAGAAAAAUUCUCACAAAUUCUUAACCUACACAGCAACAUACAAGUGCAUGUUUAGUGUUCCUUUAAUAAUUUGGCGCUCAUUAUUUUUAUGUGAAGGGCAGAUUGCUUAAAAAGUCUGAAGGAUUGCCUAGAACCGUUUCACUAAAAAGCCAAUUGCUAGGAAAAAAAAAACUGAAUUGCAAAAUUGAAAAGUUUAGAUUUGGAGAUGUUUUCCAAAUCCGCACUUUUUACAUACAUUUUACAAUUUGGAUUUCAUUUCUCUGCAAUUUGCUCUUUAGUGAAUAAAUCCCACACUGUAAACAUGAUCUAAGAUAGCUAAAGGAUAAACAGAACAGAAUUAUUGAAUUACAAUAAUAAAGAGAGCUCUGUGAACAAUGACAGUUUAUACACUGUUGUUGAAUAUAGAUAUUAAAUGUUUAGCUAGAAAAGUUCAGGUCUUUGGCUCCCCAAUUGUCCCCUUUAUUUUUGACAGAUUUUAUAGUAAUUAUAAUAAUCCCAUAAUUUCCCUUCACAUGCCUGUAGGUUUUGAAAGGCAUUGAAAGGGAGCUGUAUAGACUAAUCCUGACUGUACGUUGGAUUUGUAGGUGUACUUAUUAGGAAGUAUAGCUCUCAUUGUCUGUAUGAUCAUGAGGUAGAAAAGUGGAUCACAAAAAACAAACUCUUCCUGAACACUGACAAAACUGUCACAAUGAUCUUUGAAACAGUACCUAAAUUACACAAAUUACACAAUUCCCACCUAUCCAUCAAAACAAAUUCAAAUACCACAGUGACCGCAGUCUGCUCUUUCAAAUACUUGGGUAUGUUAGACCCCAAUCUAUCUUUUGGCCUGCACAUAGAAAAGCUUGCAUCUAAACUUUAUCCAAAACUAGGUGCCCUAUACAGAAAUAAAGCCUGCCUAAGCCCUACAGUAAAGGAAAAGAUUGUACAGCAAAUGCUGAUGCCAAUCAUUGAUUAUAGGGAUGUACUAUAUGCAUCUGCAUCGCAAUCCCACAUUAAUGAACUCAACACAUUGUAUAACUCGUUCUGCCGAUUUGUGCUACAAUGUAAUUACAGGACCCACCAUUGUGACAUGCUAAAAGAACUAAACUGGCUGUCGCUGGAAUCCAGAUGCACUCUUCAUCUUUCCAGCCUUGUGUUUAAGAGCUUUUCUGGGAAACUCCCAGCCUACCUGAACACAAUGCUUUCUUCAGCUGUUCCCACUACCUAUAAGCUCUGAUCCAGUACCAACACUUUAUUUAGUCUACCUCAAUACAAAAAGAAAGCAGCCCGAUCCUUCUCCUCCUACAGAGCACCGCAAUUGUGGAACGACCUCCCGCACAAUUUAAAAUCUCCCCUAAGCCUAAAGUCCUUCAAGAGAUCCCUCUCUACAUACCUCACAACAGAAUGCACCUGGCAUGGUGGAUUAUAUAUUUCCUACCUGUUCUAUGUAAUUUUGUAUUUAUUGUGUAUUAAUAAUGUUUUUGUAUUUUAUUGUAUCCUAAUGUAACAAUGCAAUGUUUUGUGGACCCAGGACAUACCUGAAAACAAGAGAAAUCCAUCCUGGUAAAAUAUUUUAUAAAUAAAUAAAUAAUUUGACAAUUCAGAAAUUUAAGACGGCACUCCUACCUUCUAGGUUACAUGUGCCUACAUACAAUGAAUUGUAGGUAUAAAACAACAGGUACUGACAUUGUUGAUAGAUACAAGAGUUGAAGAGGGCCCUGCUGAAAUGGGCUCUCAAUCUAAGAGGAAUGAAGAAUACAAGAAGAUCAAAAAGUGUUGUUUGAAAGUAGUUCUUAUAGGCAAUGUAGAGUGGAAGGAGAAAAAAGAGUUAAUUGGACUGUAAGAGUAUAGGUUAUGCAUGGAGGGGUGAGUGCUAUUAAGCCUUAACAAAGGCUUUCAGAUGAAACAUUGGGAGGCUUUUUUUAGUUUGGUAUCCUCUUCUUUUCACACAAAAAUCUAAAAAAAAAAUUGUUAAUUGGAUUGGUUCCUUGGUAUAUAUUUUGGUUCUUUUGUAUUCAUGCAACAUAUUGCCAUUGAUGGUUGCAUGUCAUUACCCCUUCCUUAUUUUGUUAUUCUUGGGUUUUUCUUGUCUUUUCUUGUCGUUUUUUGGGGGGUCUGUGUGACCUGUGUACAUAUAGAUAUUGCUUAGGAUAUUUAGUUCCCGGAUUUAUAUAAAGGUAUUAUGUACAUGUCUGUAUUUAUUCAUUAUAUUUCAUUUUUAUUGGUUAUGCUCCUCAUUCAUUUAUUAUUUGGUUUAUUUUUAGACUCUGCGGGGAACAAAGUAAUUGAGUGAGCACCCUGUUUUCAUUUAAUUUUAUUUAUGUUUCUCCAAGGCAGCUAUUAACUCUGAGGUGUGCCUUCCUUAUUAAACUUUUGUAUCAUGCGAGAAGUUACCCAUUAAGGUGGUGAUCUUUCCUAAAGAGAUGAUUAUGUUUUUUUUUGAUAGACCCCUAAAUCAUUUUAGCUUGCUUAAAUGCUUUAUGUGUGACGAGUGUGUCCUUUUUUCACAGCCUGUUAUGAACUAAUGUGGCCUAUAUUAGGAUUCUAAUGUAACUGCACCUCAAUGCCUAGUUUAGUAAACUAUUAUUUAAUUUAUACACGAGGAGAGAUAUUCAGGAAAGCUGCUACUUUCUAAACAGUGAUUUUUCGUCAUCACGAAAAGGCAAAAAUUAUGCAGAGUAACUACAGCCCGUAAAACCUGUUUUAACUAGCUAAACUGGAAAAAAAGGCAGUCUAGGACAUCAUGCUCCUCUUUAAACUUCCUACCGUUGCUAUAGAGACCUCAAGUAGACUAUUAUAAGCACAGUGCUUGUGCCUUGGGGCUGCACAACCUCCCUAACAGCCUAUAAAUACCAGAUAUGUCCUGCGUGGCCUACAGCAGGAAUGGCUUAACGUGGUAUUUAGACUGGCUGAGCAUUAUGAGAAAUGUAGCUACAAUCUUAAAUGUGCCUUAUUUUGCGUUUUUGAGUUUUCGCUUAUGUUUUAGGCAAGUCCUACUGGACAUGGACAAAAUAGCGUUAAAGGGUUACUGUAACUCUUAAUUUUUUUUAAGCAAAAAUUUCCUGGGUAUUACUAAAAGGUCCCCUGUUUAAAUGAUGGGGGAAAAAACAAACUUUAAAACUUACCUGUAAUCCAGCGUCUGACGUCAGCAAGGGGACUUGCAAGGUCCAAUCAUACAGAAGCCUGUGAUUAGUCCAUUUCAGAGUGCAUUUAGAAAGUAGAAAAGUGAAAUUGAAAAAGCAAUGCAGGGAGGCUGGGAAGCAGAGAGGGAUGAUAAAUGAAGGGAGAGGGGAGAAGCGAUUAUUACGUCUAUUGCUUGCAAGCUGUGCACCCUGACAACUGAUGUAAAAUAUGCACAGAAUUGACAAUAAACAGCCCAGAAGAAAGUUCUGGGCAGCCUAAGCCACAUGUGCCCCUAAUUAGCCGCCGGCGAACAAGUGCAAAUAAUUCUGAAUGUGCAGCAUGUCAAGCUGAAAAGCUGCACAUACAGACUCCAACCACCAGGACCACUUUAAAUCACUGAAGUGAUCAUGGUAGUUGGAGUAUACUUUAAGCAUUUAAUGUAAAAUACACUACCUGGGGUGUGAUUUUUUUUUUUUUUUUUUUUUUAGCCCAAUGUAUUUGUCCGUCAUGACAAUCUACUUGUCUUAACACAAAAUAACUUAAAUUAAAAAGAUUGUGGGCACUGCCAAUAGCUGUGGACAUUAGCAAUGCUAUUUGCUGAACUCUGAAUUGCCAUAAAAUAAAUCUGAAGGGAAAAAUGGACUCAAAAAUAGCUAAUGUGAAAACAUUCUCUAUCUAUGCUAUCGUCAUAACAUGGUUAUUUUUGCCUAAGUUUUGACAUUACAAUUUAAUUUUCAAAAAUUCAUAGACUUGCAAAUUACCCCGUUUUUUUUAACCACUGGUCUCCCAUAUUCUCCCUCUUUUUCAUGUUGGCUUUUUAUUAUUGUGUGUGCUGGCUGUAUGUGAUGUGUACGUGAUGUGUUUGCACUGGCUGUAUAUGAUUGUGAUACACUGAUAAAUACACACAGACACAUACACAAACACAAUGCACUCUGACACACUUAUACACUAACACACAUUGAUCCAUACACACAAACUACACAUUCUUUGACCCUCACACACAGCACAGACUACCAGCAGCAGUCUGUCUCAUGCUGUUGCUGUACAUUACGGCAUGUAAGCUACCGGGAUAUGGCGUCACACUGAAUCCCGGUUGCCAUUUUGAGGAUCAGACGCUUCUCCAGCCCCUCAAACCUCCCUGUUAGCUGCAGUCGCCCCAGUUAUGGCCUCCCAGUAUGACAGUCUGGCUCUGCACAUGAGAAACACUACCAGCCUGGCACCAAUUUCCCUAAGACAAGCCUGCCGUUUGCCCACACCAAGAAUAAAAAAUCAUCCAGAUCCAUAGGUAUGUCCCUUCUCGGUCUCUCCGCUCUGCCCGUGACCACCUCCUGUCCGUUGUCCGCACCCGUACGGCCAACUCGCGCUUGCAGGACUUCUCGCGGUCGGCUCCCUUCCUAUGGAAUAGCCUGCCUCCCGCCAUCAGACUCUCCCCUAGUCUUGCAUCUUUUAAGAAGUGCCUUAAAACCCAUCUCUUUAGGAAAGCUUAUGGCCUCCAAGACUAACCCCUACCUCACAUACCUGUCUCUUGCCCUCUCCUAAAGGGCAGCCCACCUUAUUUGAUUGCAAAUUCCUGUCCUAAUGUGUUUUACACCCCACCUCCUAUAGAAUGUAAGCUCGAUUGAGCAGGGUCCUCUUCAACCUAUUGUUCCUGUAAGUUUAUUUGUAAUUGUCCUAUUUAUAGUUAAAUCCCCUCUCAUAAUAUUGUAAAGCGCUACGGAAUCUGUUGGCGCUAUAUAAAUGGCAAAAAUAAUAAUAAUAAUCCUGCCCGGGACUCCAUGUCACGGGCAAUAAAGAUUCCACAUCCCUGCAUGAUAUAGAUAAUUACACAUUAAACAAUUGCAGGUGUUGUUAAACUGAAGAUAUCACAGGAUACUUUCUAGAAAUUUAGACUGGUGGGAGUUCUGAUCAUUUCUUGAAGGUUAUUCUAUAACAUUUGAUGUGGACUGUUGGUGCUGUCUAUUUUACCUACUUCCUUUUUGUAACAUGAGACAGACAAACUGCUAGCAGCGUAUAUGAAUUAGGAGGUGGUUAGCAUAAUGUUUACUGUAUAGGGACUGAUUACAUGGGAGAACUAGUGAAUUAUACGGUAAUACAGUAAAUAAGGUAAAGUAACGUAAAUAUAUAAACUAGGCUUUUAUGAUAAAAAAAAGAGAUGUUUUACUCUAAUAUCACUAAUGUUUUAUAAUUUUCUUUAUUUAGUUUCCCAAAGGUCAUCAGGAGAAUGGACAGACUUUCUAUCCUAUGCCCCCGAAAACAAUGGCUCCUAAUGCUUUAUCUAAAUCUCACGAGGACACAUUAUCUGAUAGGACACUAAAUUUACAAAAAAAUAUAAUAAAGUCACAAUGGAUAACAUCAUACAACCGCAGCUUCACUGGUACGCAAGAUCAGUAGAUAAUUCAGUCCUGAUAAAUAUAUAUGAAUCCAUUAAGUGAGCAGUGAGUUGAGAAUUUUUUCCAGAUCGACCGUUUUGUGUAAAAUUUUCAAACCUUUUGUCACCUCGCCACAACUCAAAGGGACAACAGACUUGAGGCAGUAGUCAAUUUACUGAACAAACAUUAUUUAGGAUGAAAUGUCCCAUAGCAGUUAAAAACAUAUCUUUUAUUGAUAUUGUCUCCACUAGUUUCUGUUAUCUUACAGCUUUCUGUUUCCUUGGAAUCUAGCAUUGCUCUUUUUUACUCUAUUUGUGAAUUUAAAUAAAGUGUAAUUUAUUUAAGUAAUAAAAUGUUUCAAUACAGAAACACAGACAAACUAUGAAAGUGAGACUCACAGGGCUGCUUGCUAAAUUCUGAGUUACUUGAAAGACAAAACUGAAGUUGAAAAAGCCUAUCUGUGACAUUUUUCAUAUCAGCUAUUUUUACUUUCAUUUUGCCAUUCAGAUUUUAAUUUUAUACAAUUCAGAGUUUAGUUAAUAACUCAGAGAGAGAGAAAGAUGGAUUCACAUAAAAAUCACCAAAGAACUUGAAUUGUAUUACACUGAAAUCUGUACUGUAAAAUGUAGGUUAAAAUAGCAGGUUGACCCCGCUCACCUCCAGUUACAGUUUGGCCAUUUUCGCCCAGACUUAAAUACAAUUCAGCUUUUAGUGAAUAUCCCUCCAAGUCUGAUAUCAGGCAAAGGUUAUACACUAAAGUGAAAUUUCAAAGUACAUUCCAAAUUUAAGGCAAACAUAGCCAAAAAGGAAGCAUAGCUGAGUUAGAGAUUUCUUUUACCAAUUCAUCUAUUUUGACCUUAAAUUUGCAAAUGUCUUUGAAUUCACCUUGAAUUCUUACGUUAGUGAAUAACCCUGUACAUUUCAAACUAUAGGUCAUGCCUGCUGAGCUGGGAAAAAAUAUUCAAGUCAGCUAUAUUGUUUGGUACUAUGACCUAUAAUCAGAAGAUCGUUUUGAAUUUAUACGUUCGAUUAUAAUCCUUCUAAAGGAAGACGUUCUUUGGAAAACCAUAGAGAUACAUAUGCUCAGACACAGAUAGAUACAAAUUCACACACACACACACACCAAUCACAAUUACAGAUGCACACAAAAAAAUAUUUGAAAAAGUUUUCUAACUAGGUUAUAAUGAUAACUUACCUAUUAUAGCCACAUUUUUGCAGUUUGGCUUCCAGUUAAACAAACUUCACUGUUUGGUGAAUAAAACCCCAUGUAUACACCAAGUCCACAAAUUCUAUGGUGUAAAUAUGUAAUGUCUGAUGAUUUAUAACUGUCACUUUUUCAGGUCAAGGUGAAAUGAGCCCUUUGCAACUGGAUGACUUUCAUCAGAAGCGUUAUGACCAAAUCAUAGGGCAGAAAGAUGAAAACACAGAGCUGGUAAGAUAUGCUUAACUGGACAAUAACCUCCUUUUUCAGAAAGACUUGAAUCACUGCCAAGAAGUUUUUAUUUGGAAAUGUUUUGUUUUUUGUUUUGUUUUUUUUCUAUAAAAAUUAUUCUGAAGAAAAAAAACCCAAAAAACGCUGUGCUCAUACCACAGACAGCGGCGGGGUAAUAGACGUUGUCUGGGGUCCCCCUUAUGCCUGCUACAAAUAUCCCCCCUGACCACGUAGGCCACUUUUAAACCUGGAUCGUUAUCCCCCCGCCACCCACUGAGACUCGCACCUGCGGUGUUACAUCCCCAGUGCAGUGGGGACUGUGCAUCCGCAGGUUAGCCUCACGAUAGUGCUGACAUGCUCAUUGAGAUGUAUAUACUUUCGUUUUGUUCAUUGUUUUCCCCCCCAGUUAUAUGUUAUGUUCAACCCCUGCCCACCCACCCCUCUGGAGAUGCUGACCACCUCAGAUUAUGCGUGUAGCAGGGACAGCCACCACAGAGGAGAGGAAAUCGAGAAAGAUGCUGCCCUGUGAUGAUAGCGAACCUAUACACCCCCAACACCAACCAAUAUGCCUUCAUUAGGAAAUCCCUGAAAAAGCUGGACAGACUAUGACAGGGCCAGACAUACGUAUGCGGAGACUUUAAUUGUGUCCUAGACCCUGACCUCGACAGAUCGGACAACCCGGGCUCCCACUCUUGCUCCGCCGUUCUUGGCGAGAAACUCUCUGCACUCCUACACUCCCAUGGCCUACAUGACACAUGGCGUUCACUAUACCCAGCAACUAGGGACUACACUUUCUACUCAAUGGUCCACGACAAAUACUCACGUAUAGACAUGUGCCUAGUAGACAUGAAAACCCUGGACACAUUGGCCAAGGUCACUAUCGACUCUAUUACAUGGUCGGACCACGCCCCCCUGAUGUCCUCCUUCAUCACACUGCACCCAGUCAGGGGACGAGGACAAUGGCGCCUCAACGGGUCGCUCAUAGAUCAGGCUGAACAAACUGUACAGCUACAGGGUUAAAACUAGGGGGACCUGGCACCCAGACCACUUUGUUGAGUUGAAGUGGUCUGGGUGCCUAUAAUGGUCCUUUAAUUCUACUUUCGUUAUCCCCCCGCCACCCACUGAGACUCGCACCUGCGGUGUUACAUCCCCAGUGCAGUGGGGACUGUGCAUCCGCAGGUUAGCCUCACCAUAAUGCUGACAUGCUCAUUGAGAUGUAUAUACUUUCGUUUUGUUCAUUGUUUUCCCCCCCAGUUAUAUGUUAUGUUCAACCCCUGCCCACCCACCCCUCUGGAGAUGCUGACCACCUCAUAUUAUGUGCGUAGAGGGGACAGCCACCACAGAGGAGAGGAAAUCGAGAAAGAUGCUGCCGUCCGAGCAGCACUCAGGGCCCCCCUGGCCUUAUCAGAUGACCCCCCCUCACCAAUUUAAUGUCCUCUCCUUAAACGCCCGUGGCUUGAACACACCACAGAAGCGCAGGCUCGCCUUCUCCCAGCUCCACCCGAUACAUGCCUCAGUAGCCUGUAUACAGGAGACCCACUUCUCUGUCACAAACCCCCCAAAAUUCUUCUCGGCCAGAUACCCCGCCUCCUACCAUGCGCUGGCGCCCAACAAAACAAGAGGAGUCAGUAUCCUAUUCCACUCAGAUUGGGAUUUUAAUUGCUCAACAGAGUAUAAAUGUGUUGAGGGUAGACUGCUGAUUCUAGUUGGCAACCUCAAUGGGGUCCCUGUGAUGAUAGCGAACCUAUAUGCCCCCAACAACAACCAAUAUGCCUUCAUUAGGAAAUCCCUGAAAAAGCUGGACAGACUACGACAGGGCCAGACAUACGUAUGCGGAGACUUUAAUUGUGUCCUAGACCCUGACCUCGACAGAUCGGACAACCCGGGCUCCCACUCUUGCUCCACCGCUCUUGGCGAGAAACUCUCUGCACUCCUACACUCCCAUGGCCUACAUGACACAUGGCGUUCACUAUACCCAGCAACUAGGGACUACACUUUCUACUCAAUGGUCCACGACAAAUACUCACGUAUAGACAUGUGCCUAGUAGACAUGAAAACCCUGGACACAUUGGCCAAGGUCACUAUCGACUCUAUUACAUGGUCGGACCACGCCCCCCUGAUGUCCUCCUUCAUCACACUGCACCCAGUCAGGGGACGAGGACAAUGGCGCCUCAACGAGUCGCUCAUAGAUCAGGCUGAACAAACUGUACAGCUACAGGGUUAAAACUAGGGGGACCUGGCACCCAGACCACUUCAUUGAGCUGAAGUGGUCUGGGUGCCUAUAAUGGUCCUUUAAUUCUACUUUCAAGAAUCUAACCUCUGUACUUCACAGUAUAUAACUUAUUACAAACUGACCUCUUAAUAUAAAGUCAGAAAUUCUGUUGAAAUCAUUUGUACAAAACACGUAAAGGGCGCAUUGUAUAAGCUGAUUGUCAGUCAGGAGUCCCAGCAUGAAGAUGUAGGUCAUUGCAUUAGUGAAGCUGGGAUUUUAAUGAUAUUUUGUUUCCUUACUGGUUCAAAAAAGAUUAAAGCUGAAUAAAUCAUUGUAAAUCAAAUAUAACUUGCCGACCCUUUUUUCAUAUAAUACUUCCUUUUAUAUUAUACGAAUUAUAUUAAAUUCCAUUCAAUCCAGGUACAAUUUUGUAGUGGCACUGCCGAAAAAUAAAGGGAACACUGCGCACUGGAGAGCACCAGCGAGUACCCAGAAAUGUAGUAAAUAUUUAUAUUUACCUUACCUCUCGUUACUAGUGUGAGCAAAGCCACUGAAAUAACAGUCCUGAGAGUAAUAGUGCACUUUCAGGAUGCUUCACUGAGGCACCAGCGCCUCUGUGGACAACCCCCACGGCGAUCAGCCCCUGGCCAAGGGAAAUAUUAAUUAUGAAAAAACAUAAAAACAUUGGAGGUUAUGCAUCAAAUGUAAUGUGUUCUGAAAAGUUGUGCAAAGAAGUAAAAGUAGAGGAGUCACCAAUGGAAUGUGACUGCUGGUUCUACUGGUUUCCAUAGUGAUUGCCCUACUUUUAGUGCUUUAGACAUUUUUGAGAGCAUUACUCUUACACAAGCAUCAUCAGACACCCACAGUACCACACACACUGGGUAACCCGCUAACAAACACCCUCAACCCCCAAACUUAAAAUCACACACAACAUACAGCAUUGCCAUGUACGCAGCGGCGUACAUACCGCGUUCGCAGCUACGACCGGGCCCAUUACUCCAGGGGGCCCGGCCACCCUGCGGAUCCCUGCAACCGGGUACCCACCAUCACCAUUUGCAGCCCCGGCCUGCGUGGCAAACCCCUGGGGCCGCCGUCCAAGGGUUACAUCACAAGCUGGGAGGAAGUGACUCCCUGGUCACUCCUCCCAGCUAACACACAGACCACGUGGGAGGAAGGAGGAGGGAGUCAGAGUGGGAACUCUGACUCCCAUCAACCUGAGCCACCACUGGGCCCCAGGGAAUGUCACCCUCCUGCACCUAAAAGGUAGGAAACAGGAGGAUGACUAAAAUAUUUUGUGUGUGUGUCUGUCUGUAUGUAUGUCUUGUAUGUGUCUUUGUAUGUAUGUGUUUUUGUAUGUGUGUGUCUUUGUGUGUGUCUUUGUAUGUAUAUAUAUAUACAUAUACACACACAGUUGUAAUCAAUAUUAUUGAGCUGUUUGCAAUUCACAAAGCAUUGAAAAGUAUUCGAAAUAGCUCAACACAACAAAUACUUCAAGUGGUUUCCCCAAAUUCAACUGAAAAUGCAACUUGUAAUGACUUCUCCAGUCUCAAAAUUAUUCACCCCUAAGUAGAAUCCCUCACAACAGCACAAAUAUGCAAAAUAGGUGUUGUGUAUGGCACACCUGGUGCAACUAAUCAAGUGCUUCAUUAGUCUUUGCUCAUCUUGAGCUGGAACACUUGAAAUACCCAAAUGGCUAAGGAUUUGUUGAGUGUCAUGUUUGACUUCAUGUUAGCAAUAUAGCUUAGUCAAAAGAAUGGACAACAAAUUUAAGAGAAGAGAUCAUCGCCCUUCACAAACAAGGAAUAGAAUACAAAAAGAUAGUGAAGGCAUUGAAUGUUCCUAGAGACAUCAUUGAAAGCAUAGUUUGCAAGUUCAAAGUUGAAGGAACAGUGGUCUCACUACCUGGAUGGGGCAAAAAAAAGGAAGCUAUCAAUGGCUGCAACCAGAUUUCUGAGAAUUUUCGGAGAAGUUUUUCAUGCCAGAACUCAAAGACACACACCACUACUGACCCAAAAAUACAAGAAAAGUUAACUCCAGUAUGCUCAAAAUCAUAUAAAUAGGCCACAUAAGUUUUGGGAUUCUUUGGGAUGCUUUUGUUUCAGCUGUGGAGCACUGAAACAAAACUGGAACUUUUUAUCCCUAUUAAUCUAUGGUAUGUCUGGAGGAAGUAGAAUGAAGCAUAUGCUGAAAGGAACACUCUGCUUCAGUUAAGCAUGGUGGUGGCUCGGUGAUGCUCUGGGACUGCUUUGUAUCCUCUGGCAUUGGAAACCUGCAGCAUGUGGAAGGCAAGAUGGAUUCAUUGAAUUAUCAGGAAAUCCUAAGAGAAAACAUUAUGCCAUCUGUGAGGAAGCUGAAGCUUGGGCGUCAUUGGACCUUCCAUAAGGCGGCACAGGCAGCCGCUUUAGGGUGCACCGACCUGGGGGGGCUUGAUUACAGUGACCAGCAUGAAGGAAGUGCACAGCGCUACCUCCUGCCAAUCACUUAGUGUAGCGUGGCCAGGCGCAACAGACCACGGUACAGGAGCUUCCGUUUCCUGUACCCGGCCAGACUGACAGGAUGUGCUUACUGGGAAAGCACUUCCUAUCAGUCCAUCAAGGUACAGGAAUCAGAAGCUCCUGUACCGCGGUCCGCUCCACUCCACUCGACCACGCUACAAGAAAGGUAAUGAGGCAUGCAAGGGAGGGUGGGGAGUGGACCACUAAGGGAGGGGAGAGGUACACUAAGGGAGGGUGGGGUCACUAAGGGGGGACCACUAAAAGGGACACUAAGGGUAGGGACCACUAAAAGGAAGACUAAGGGGCCCAGGGGGGCCACUUAGGGAGGUGUGGGGAGAAACACUAAGGACAGGGGAGGGAAAAUGAACACUAAGGAGUGAGGGAGACCACUAAAAGGGAGGGAAGGGAGGGGAGAGGAACACUAAGGGACAGGGAAGAGAGAGGGAGCAUACCACUAAGGGGGAGGAACACUAAGGAGGGUGGGGACACUAAAAGGAACACCGGGGGGGGGGUAUUAAAAGGAACACUAAGGGAGGGACCACUAAAAUGAUCACUAAGGGUGGGGAUCACUAAAAGGAACACUAAGGGGGCUGGGGGGGGCACUAAGAGACAGGGAAGGGAGGGGAGAGGACCACUAAGAGAGGUGGGGGGAGAAACACUAAGGACAGGGGAGGGAAAAUGAACACUAAGGAGUAAGGGAGACCACUAAAAGAGAGGGAAGGGAGGGGAGAGGAGAGGAACAUUAAGGGACAGGGAAGAGAGGGGAGGGGACCAUUAAGGAGCAGGAAGAGUAGAGCACCAGUAAUGGACAUGGAGGGCAGGGGCGCCUUGGUGGGGAGAAAGACUUACAGAGGUUCUUGAGGUGGUAGAAAGACACACAGAUGGGGCUGGGGUGUAAGAAACACACAGAAGGGUCUGGGGAUGGAAAAACAACUGUGAAGGGGGUGAAAGAGAUACAAAGGGGCUAGAGAAGAGGAAAAAGAGACAAAGAGGAGCUAAGGGGAGACAGACAGAUUGGGGGUGAAAGAGAAACACCCAAAAGAGCUGGGAAGAGUAAAAGACACAAAGGUCAGGGACGUAUUAGCUGCGAGGCAAACAAGGCAUUUGCCUUGGGCGGCAUUUUUCAGGGGGCAGCAAAAAACGCCGCCCCCAAAUGCCCAGGGCAAAUGCCUAGUUAUCCUCGCGGCUAACAGACGUGCCGGGCUGGGCGGCGCUGGCAGGCAGCUGGCGAGGGAGCUCUUCCUCUGAGCACUCUGCUCAGCUCCCUCACGCACCGCAGAGUAAGGAUGACGUCAUAUUCCGGCUCCCAGCCUCACUCUGUGGAGCGCGAGGGAGCUGAGCAGUCAGCUCAGAGGAAGUGCUCCCUCGCCAGCCGCCCGCACAGCAGCCAGCGCCGCCCAGCCCGACCGGCAGCCACUGGACCACCAGGGAGAGAGAGACCCCCCCCAGCACUCCCAAAGGUAAGGAGGCUGGGGUGGGGGGAUUUAAAAAAAAAAGUUAAUGUGAGUGAUUGUGUGUGUGUCUGACUGUGUGUGUGUGUGUGUGUGUGUGUUGUGUGUGUGUUUGUGUCUGACUGUGUGUGUGUGUUUGUGUCUGACUGCGUGUGUGUGUGUGUGUGUCUGACUGUGUGUGUUUGUGUCUGACUGUGUGAGUGUGUUUGUGUUUGUGUUUGUGAGUGUGUGUGUGUUUGUGUCUGACUGUGUUUGUUUCUGUGUAUGUGUCUGACUGUGUGUGUGUUUGUGUCUGACUGUGUGUGUUUUUGUGUCUGACUGUGUUUGUGUCUGACUGUGUGUGUGUGUGUGUGUGUUUGUGUCUGACUGUGUGUGUUUGUGUCUGACUGUGUGUGUGUGUGUGUUUGUGUCUGUGUGUGUGUUUGUGUCUGACUGUGUGUCUGACUGUGUGUGUGUUUGUGUCUGACUGUGUGUGUGUUUGUGUCUGACUGUGUGUGUGUUUGUGUCUGACUGUGUGUGUGUGUGUUUGUGUCUGACUGUGUGUUUGUGUGUGUGUGUGUGUGUUUGUGUCUGACUGUGUGUGUGUGUGUCUGACUGCGUGUUUGUGUGUCUGACUAUGUGUGUGUGUAUUUAGAAGGUGGGGCGGGGGGGAAGGGUUGGGUGGGUGUGGCGCGGGGGAGGGGGGCGUCUGAGUUUUGUCCUGCCUAGGGCAGCACAAAACCAGGAUACACCACUGAUAAAGGGGGGUUGUAAGAAAUACACAAGGGAGGUGUAAGACACACAAACUUACCCAAAAAUCCUUGCACUGGCCCCAGGGCAAUUAAUAGCACAAUCCAGUUCGAUCUUGGCACAGGCAGGGCACAUAAAGCAGAAACAUUGUUUCAAUUUCUCUUCCUCAAUUUACUAUGUUCAGUGACAGAAAAAGGCAAAGUUUAUAACAACAAUUGAUAGGGAAUGAAGACGUAGACACUUAAUAUAGCAGUGUGGAUUUCUGCAUGUAACUUUAUUAUACACACCUCACGAUCACAUAUCUGUUAAAUAUAGUGGAUAAGUUAGCAUGAUACUAAAAUCCUAGGAAAAAUAGCUGAACUGGAUACACUUUUUAAGUCAGAGAUCCUUCCAGUUCAGCUACUUUGGCCUUAAAGGGACAUUAUAGUCACCAAAACAACUUUAGCUUAAGGAAGCAGUUUUAGUGUAUAGAUCCUGAUCCUGCAGUCUCACUGCUCAAAUCUCUGCAAUUUAGGAGUUAAAUCCCUUUUGUUUCUGUCCAUGCAGCUCUAGUCACAGCUCCCUGGUUGUGACUCACACACCAUGCAUGAAAAAAAUUCUUAUUUCCUGCUCUCUAAAGUGAACUUUAAUCAUACACAGAAUGCUUCUGUGGCGUCUAGCAAGCUAUCAACAGUGCAUGGGAUAAUACAUUUUAAACUAAAAAGAAUUUGCAAUGAAGGAAGUAUAAACAUUAGCUGACUAUUUACAGGAAGUGUUUAGGAAUGCUUUGCAAGUCACAUGCAGGGAGGUGUGACUAGGGAGCACAAACAAAAUUAUUUUACUCCUAAAUGGCAGAGAAUUGAGCAGUGACACUGCAGGGAAUUGAUCUAUACACCAAAACUGCUUCAAUAAGCUAAAGUUGUUUUGGUGACUAUAGUGUCUCUUUAAAUUUGAAAUUCACUUUGAAUUCACUUUGAAGUCUCGCUUUAAUAAAUAAACCUGUAAGAAAACAUAUUUAGUACGGUUCAGUACAAAUCAGUCAUAAUUUAAACCUCAGAAUAUUUAUUACCAUCUAAUUCUCAUAUUAGCAUCAAAGUGCCAUUUCAAGUUUGAAAUUCAAUUCUUUAACUUUGCUUUUUACAGAAACAGACAUUUACAUCUGCCAUUUUACAAGGAGGACCACAGGAGGGUCAAAAUGAUUAUUUACAAGAUGGAUGUCAGAAACCUGGAAUGAGAGCGGAGCUACAGAAAGCAUAUCCAGAAGUUCAGCCUUCACAAAGCAGUGAAGCUCAUUGUGUUGAAGAAAGUGAUACCUAUCAGCCCACUCAUUCUACAAGGCUUCCUGAGUUUGGCAAUGAUUCUUUGGCAUUCUAUUGUGACUCGAGUAAAUACCCUAGAGAGCAGGAAGCCGUAUGCUAUACGCCCUUAAAGAUUCCACCAGAUUUUCGUAAAAUAACUGAUACAGAACUAUUCGAUGCUUUGUACAGAAGGCAGCUUACUCCAACGUCUACAACAGUUGAAGAAAACCAGAAGCCUCCAAAAUCAUUAUGUUAUGAAGAAAUACAACCAAGUAAACUAGCUAACUUUAUGAUUUCGAAAAAGCCAUUUAGUCUUUCUAAACCACUGAUAAAGAACAAACCUGAGUGUGACGUGCAGGUAACUAAAACCUUAAAAGCUGAAGAAAAUAAACAUAUUGCAAGAAUGCCACCCACCAGAGUAAUUUCUGGCAAAGAAAUAAAAAGGCCUCGAACAGCCUCUCUGGAACUUCAAGACUCAUAUAUUAAGUCAGAGGUGUGCAAGAAGUUUCAUCAGAAUUUUCCAGAGAAAACAAAGGAUCUAAGAAAAAAUCACUACUCUGGGAAAAAGCAUACAUUCUAUGGUUUCAAUUCUUUUUAUUUCCAUAAUUAACACUGCUGAUGUGUAAAAACAGACAUAUAAAAAACAUUCUAG